CCAUGCACGCCGCCGCGGUCCACGUGUCGCACCAUCCAAAGUGAAACCCCAGUGAAUGGGACUAUGGGAAUUUGUCUGGACACAGGUAAGCGCAGUAAUGUCGAGUGCGAAGUUCUGAUAUAAUAAUUACGGUUUUGUCCGAUUUAUGUCGAUUUGUCGAUAAGUGGACGUGGGCGAGAAUCCACGGGACGAUCGUUUCGAUUUAGGUAAAAUAAUAACUUAUGAUCCGUAAGAAAGUAUAAAUAUAGGAAACGUAUUUUUCUUAGUUUGUGAUUUUAUUUGACAAAUAAAACCAAGUCCAAUAAACACAAUACACGUUCCUACAUUAUUACAUUUUAUCCUAUACCUGCACAUUAGAUAUGGGGAUUUUUGUUUUGGCUUGUACUAUGUGUAUUUCUUUUUCCCGAGGGCGUCCUAGAACAUUUAAUAUUAUAAGGUGCAUUAUACAGUUUGUUGGGUUAGGUCAGAUUCGGACGAAACUGAUCCGGCUGGCAUUCAAACGUAUGCAAUAUGUAUCAUGGUUGAAAUAUGCAAAGCUAUUGCAUAUAUAAUAUUUGAUGAUAAAAACAAAAAUACAAGCGUAAAGAGAGCCAAUAAUAAUCAAACACUUACCAUACACACGGUAUUUUGAAUCUGUUAAAACUAUUAUUUUAUACGUAAACUAGGUUAUGUACAAAAUUGUAUUAUUUAUAGUAAUAUUACAAUAAUUCAUAAUAUUAUAAUAAAAUAUAACGUGUAAUAAAUACCUACUAUACUAAAUAAACACUAUUAUUAUAACAAGCUAUACAUUUAUAGGUACAACUAGGAGGGUGCUGGGCGGUCUUGACUACCCCCAAAUUUAAAAUUAGACGAUGGGAGCCAUAAUUUUAGCACCCCCGAAAUCUGUGGUCUAUUUGCACCUAUGGCUAUAAUAUCUAUUCCAUAUUUAAACGAGCCACAAGUACGAAUUUUUAUGCCAACGUAUUUUUCAUGAUAAGAAAAAUUGAUAUUUGUUACAGCCUUUUGUAACCAUUUUGUGGAUUGAACCAUUUAUGCAAUAACCUGCAUCUGUCAACCAUGAUAUAUACCUAUAACAACUGUAAUUAAGUGUUCGUGUUUACCGCUUUUGGAAAACUCUACUUAAAAAGCCCAUAUACGAUCAUUCAAGAUUUUUAAUUUAUAUGGUUGCCCGUUUAUACAUGGCGGAAGUGGCAUAGCGUGAGUUUCUACUUAAUGUAUGCAUAGAAAAUAUUAAAUCCGUGAAUUUGCGGAGGGCUCUGCUCACACACCCCGCGUUAUGUUUUUGAAAUGCAUUAUACGUUUUAAUACAUUAUUCGGUAUAACAUGUCAUUUUUUGUUUGAAAAAUUCAUCGGAAUGAAAAAUCAUCAAGAAAAAUCAAUUCCUUGCGUACCAUCAUUUACUUUUAUUACAAAUCGUAAAAUAAUUUAAUUGAUUCGUCAAAAUUAAUUCCGCAAAUAGCGGAAUAAUGUGCGGAACUGCCGUGAAUCGCAUGCAAUAUUGAUCCCCGCAUACACGAGUAGGUAGGUAGUAGGUAGUAGGUAGUAUACACGACGAGAUUAUGUUUUGUUUAAAAAUUAUUAUUAAUAAAAAAAUAAUAAAUAUAAAUAAUGUAUAAUAAAAAAAAAAAAAUUAAAAUACAAAUGUAUGCCUGUACGCGCACACAAUCGCCAACAUGCAUACUGCGUACGUAUAAAAACUCGGUAGAUACUACUUAUAACAUUAUAACUGGGGACGGACCAGAACCACGUGUGAAAACCAUGGGUUGAUAUAGAAAUUAACCGAUGUAUUGGUUAAAAAACCCGAUUUAUUAAUAUUUUUUUUAUAAAUUCAAAGGCAUACUAGUUAGGUUAGGUUUAAAAAAAAAAGACUGCCUAGGAUAAUGAAGACGAAUGCAGCCACUGUUUUAGAUAAUUGAAUGUACACCUGUACGCAACAAUAAACAAUGGCUUACGAAAAAAACGAUUCUGAGUGAAGUUCAGUUGAUAGUGAUUUUUUAAAAUUUUUAUUUACUUUUAAAAAUUGUAAAGUCUUUCCAUGAUGAAUAUUGAUAACAAUACUUAACACACCAAUCAAAUAUAUAAUUCGAUUAUUAAAUUAGGCAAAUUAGGUUCAGGACAUAAACACUGUACUAAUAAAAAGAUUACCUAUAUUAUGAUUUAACCAUAUUAUGUUUUAACGGACUUUUCGUUUAGAAUAUAUGUUUGGCAAAUAAUAAUGCAGAAUUUAUUUAGUAACUUUAGACCUUGAGGAAACCAUCGGCUAGAUUUUGACUCUCGGAUAGUAGGAAUCUCUGUAAGUAUAAUUUUAUAAGUUAUAAUAUUUGUAAUAUUUCAGUUACGAUUAAAUAAUAUUCAAAUAAAAGGAGAAAGGCCAACGCCUUAAGUCCUCAAAACGAUACUGACUGAUGAAUAUUUUGAAAGGAAAAUACACGUUUAUAAAGUUAGGUUUUUAAAAGAAAUAAUUACCUAUAUUGUUUUGCUUUUUUUUUUGUUUACGAAAAACUUAUUUAGAAGUCAUUUUUAAUUAUUUUACUCGUUCCUAAAACUAAUCUCCUUCCAUCUGUGUAUUCUUAAGUAUUUAUUACGUAUAAUUAUUUAUUUGCACCUACGAAAAUAUCAAUAAUUAUUAGUUUUCACAUCUAAAACUAUUUUAUGUAUUUAUUUACUAGCACAUGAAAUAGUUGAACCGCAUAAACUAUACAUUUUACUUUUCGAUAGACAAUUUAUAAUUGUCAUAUUCCUACACGCAAGACUAUAUUUAAAAAAAAUGUUCGAGGGGGGGUUCCAUUUUUUUUAUAAAUUAACUAUUUUAAAAAAAUAAACGCUUUUUUUACUAUUGAAAAAAAUUCAGGGAGAACGGGGCGAUUGGUUUUUGGUUCCCUCCCUAAAUACGGUCUUUUAAGUAAAGAUAUAAAUGGAAGAAAUUGUAUUUAAAUUAUAUGCGUAGAAUGUAAAUUAGUGGAUAAAAAUUCAAGGGAAAGCGGGAAACCCGAAAUUCGUCGGAUGGACGGAAUUAACCUUUAAGCAAGCGCAUGACUUUUUUUAACGUGCAUAGUCCCGUGGGUAAAACAUGUAUAGGAAGUUAAUUUUGUUUUAAUUCAAAGACAUAAUAGGUUACCAAAUGAUAUAUAAAUAUGGAUAACAAUUUAAUAUUUAAAAUAAAAUAAAUACAAAACUAUGUAUUAUUAAUUAUAUUUUUCGUAAUAUAUUUAUACGUUUUAUUUUUGAUGGAGUCAACCUCACGUGACUGCUCAAGGAUUAAAGAAGAUCUGGAGGAAAUAUCAACUAGGAAUAAUGCAUUAUUUAUGUACAUUUAGAAAUAGAGACAAAUGGAAGUAAGUUGCAGUGUCGCUAGCUAAGACUCUGGAAGAGUUAUUAAGCUACGGAAAUGAGAGAGAGAGAGAGUGAGACAAAGAUCGAAUACAAAUAAUUUAAAUGAUAUUUGAUUGGUCUGAAGCAAUGUAAGAAUAUAUGAGUUUUAUACCCAAAAUAUUAUUAUAAAUAUUCGAAUAUAUAUAUAUAAUUAUUUUUGUUAAUAUUAUAUUUAAAUUCCAUGUGUAAUAAACAAGUAACAAUAGUCGUAUGUAUAUUUUAUUAAUUGUGCCUAUUGCUAUAUUUAUUAUGGUAAUAAAAAUAAGCGUAUAUUUUCAUUUUAUAGGAGCUAACUUCCAUAGUAUUAUUAUUAAGAGGCCGCUACACUCGCAUCUCCUCUUUCAGUAUAACUAUCGGGUGACAUAAUAAAAUUACUUAACUUAAAAAGCGAAUUAUGAUAGUUAGGUUGAAAUAGGAGUUUAGAAUUCUAUUGACUGCUGUAAAAAUUACAAUCUGAUCUAGAUAAUUUCGACACCUGGUCUAAUAAUUUGGACCUUCAGUACCACCCCAGUUAAAUUUUCUUUCAGAAAAAGUGCUACAUUCGUAAAUCGGAACAAGGUUUCUGGUAAAAAAGUUGUUUACAGAUAAAAAAAAAUAAUACAAAACCAACAUCAUUUUGAAACCAAUACAUUCCUUGCUCCACUCAGAAUCUAAAAUUGAUACAUGUUUAAUUGAAUCAAUGGAUUAAACAAUAUUAUAUUUGUAUUAUUAAUUUAAAUUAUGACUAUUUUACCAUACAAAAAUUGUUAUUUUUAAUGAAUCGGUGGGAAAGUAGUUCUACUUAUUGUAACAUAACAUUGUCAUGACAUUAUGUACCACAUAAAAUGUCGAACUUUCUACAACCACAUUUUUUUGUGGUGCACUUUUUUUCGUAACCGUCUAUACUCUUGCCCACCAAUUGAUGAAUAUGAUUAAUUUUAAAAAUAUAAUAUAUUUUGAAUAUACGUAACAACGAAAAAAUUUGAAUUAACACAUUUAUCCACUGACCUCUCCAAUUCUAUUUUCAAAAACGUUUCAUUGUUUCAAACGAUUUUAUAUUACGUCAUAAUAUUUACAAAUAACAAUGUUUGCAUUGUUAAAGCAAUUGGUUAAUCGAAUAAUAUAUUUUUAUAUUUUUCUAAAGUUCACCUUUUUUUAUUUUUUACAUUUUAGGAUUUCGUGUAAUAUAUACCUACUUACAUAAUACAUCAAUCAAACUCGAUUGCUAUCAGGGUAAAAAAUACAAUAAAAUAUAAGCAGGUAGGUUUACGGGGUGAGAAAGACAUGACACUCCUAAAUAAUAAUCAAGCGUAGAGUAACUGGGUAAGUAUAUAAGACCUAUACCUAUAAAUUUAUAUACUUAUAUUAUAUAGGUAUAUGUAACUCAUUUUCAUAAUAAAAAUGUCGAAAAAUUACGCUAUGCGUAUAAUAAUAUUUAAUAGGCACGCGUAAUAAAAUGCAGUAUAAUAAUAAGUAUAUACCUAGGCAUUUUGAAAAAGAUACAUUUUUUUCGCAGUUGGGUUAUUAUAGGUUUUUCUCUUCAUCUACGCAUAUUAUAGUAUUCUACAUUUUCUAACCGAAAAUAUUAUUGUCUGUACGAUGACAUAGUAUAUAAUAAUAUAAUAGUAGGUAAUAAAUGUAUAAUAAUUUACAAUUAAGGUAAACAUAAUAUACAUAAGAUAUACAUAAGAUGUAGAUAGGAAGCGACUUUUUUCCGGUUCCGUAUUGGCCGAUGAAGUUUGCACAGUUCCCGCUCCCCGCCACCAUGUACAUGAAAUAUUCCAUUAUACUAACAUACACUCAGAGUGCACACUAUUUAAUGUACACUCGAUUUGACGUGAAAGUCGAUGCACUUUGUAGUAGAUAUUACAUCACACACAAUACUUGAAUAGGUAUACCUAUUCAACUUACGGAAUUGUUAAACCGUGAACAAAAUAUUUUUGUUUUGGCUUUUAACCUUGAAACUAUGAAAUGUUUUGAAAAAAUAUUUUGAGAUCCGUGAUUUUUUAUACGGGGUGAUGUUUUUUCUUCACAAUCCCACGAUUAUCUUUACGAAAAUAUUGAGUUUUGUUUUGAAAAUCGAUUUUAGAUUUUUCUGCUAUUAUAAUAUUAUAAGAUCGUAACUCAGUAUUGCAUUCACAAUUUUUAUUAUUUUUUCUUUACAUUAUAAACACAUAUUGACUUAAUUUUCAAAUAAUUUAAUAUUAUAUUAUCACUCAAUACUCAAUAAACAUAAUCGCUGGAUCGUGAUAAAAAUGAUCCUGUAUACUCGGGAACGAGCUCCAGAUUACAGCUUGUAUUAAAUGUCAACAUAAUAUGAUCCAGUAAUUUACAGCACCGGCGGGAAGGUAGGACAGUUUGGACCUUUUUUGUCCAGAGUCUCGCGCUUUAUGAAAUCUGAUUUAUCAUCCAUAUUACAUAAUCGAGACAAUGUUGUAUUAUUAUUUAACAUUUUUACUUUAAAUACACGUAGGUAAACUAUUGCAGAGAACUAUAAAAAAUAGCUUCUAAUAUUGAUUAUCGAAAUGCUUAUUAUAGAUAACUUCGAUUCAAAAAAUCAAGAACAAACAUAAAUAAUAAAAUAGCUUUUAUAAAGAAGAUUUGUAUUAUUAUUAUUAUUAUACUUCUGCUAUUUUAGAUUAAUCCAUACACAGACACGUUUAAUAACUUUGGCAAUUCAUUUGAAAAUAUGUAAACGUUUUCGUUCUUGAUAGGUAUUUAAUUAUUUUUUUACAUGGUGUUACGUUUUAAAUUCUGAGUGGAGCGAGAGAGAAGCUUAUGGUUUUACAAAAAGUGUUUAUUUUUUUUUCCACGCAACUAUUUUACCAGAAAUCAUGCUUCGAUUUUUAAGUGUAGCACAUUUUCUUUUCUAAAAGGGAAUCAGUGUAGGGAGGUACUUUAAGGAGGUCAUUUUUUGAUUUUCUUAAGAAUUUUCUCAUUAAAUGUGAAAAACCGAAAAAGAACGGAGAAAAACGGCAAAAUUUACGAAAUAUAUUACUAAAAUAUAACGAUUUAUUUCCUGUGCACAACUUUCAACAGACAUUUUCCUCCUACGAUAGCAUUUUUCUAAAAGGAAAUUUCACUACUUUCCUAAAUUAAAAAGUAAUUUCACUGUUUACUGGAAUAAAUCUUCAAUGGGUUGACGGAAAUCAAAAAUGUCAACAGCGAAAUUUAUUUAAACUAAUGCUCCAUAUAUUCAUGGUAUUUUCAGUAUGGGUUGCCAAUUGAAAAUCAAAAAUGGGUAGUGGUUUUAAUCAAAAAAAUAAGGGUGAUCAAAAAUAUCAUAAAUGUAAAAUUGUAGAGCUGUUUGUUUCUUAAAUGUUCUUUAAAACAAAUUCCAAAAAAGUUAAUACUUUUUGAGAUAAUGAGUGUACUCACUUAAACGGAACAUCCCGUUCCUGUAUGUUAGGUUGGUCCAAAAAUCUUAUUUACGAAAUUAAAAAUGUAUACUCAAUAUUUUAAGUGAUUAGUAUAAAUAAUUUUGUAAAAAUGUUGACUUGCCCGCACCGGAUAAGGGUUAAUAUACAACGACACUAAUCGAAAUACAAAUAUUAUUAUAAUCAAACUAAUAUCGGUCUAAAAUAGUAUAGCUAAGUGUGUGUCUGCCUUUUCGGGUCGGUAUCAUACCAUAUGAAUUGGACAACAUUUUUGUCUGUCGUGGCUUGUGGUGUCGUGCCAUACAAGUGCGAAUCGAACCCUUCUCACGUAUAAUAUAGACACAUAAUAAUAUACAGGCUAUAGGUAUCUAAAUAAGCACAUCACUAUAAUAGCCAACAUAUUGAUACCCGACAGCAUAAUUUGUCAAGUAUUAUGAAAUAUUAUGUUAUUUCGUUCGACAAAAGCGUAUAAUAAUAUUGUAUUAUACUUAUACACCUAUCUAAACCUAUAUGUAUAAAAUAUAGAAAAACGAAACUUUUCUCGGUAUUACAAUACAAUAAUAUAGGUUCAGGUCGUAUAUAUAUAUGGAUAGGUAGGUAUAACGUGUAGUUUUCAUAGGUAAACUAUGUUUUCUUAUACAAAUUUAAUAUUAUUAUUAUUUUUAUACUGAUUUAUAGGUUUUAAUAACAACGAUCAUAUAAUAGCCAGGUAGACGUACCAAGUAAAAGUCGCUUGAAUAACAUACCGUUAUGAAUAACGCGUAAACAGUUGUUUGACGUGAUGUUAGCGAGUUAUAUUAUUUUUAACGUCAAAGUCAAUAUAAUAUGUGUGUAACAGUAUAUAUAUAUAAGUUAUUGAAAAAAAUAAAUUUUUUUUCAACAUUUAGAUAUCAACUAUUAGCAUGUAGAGAGUAAAGUAUAAUACAUGUUUGUUUUUUGUGUAUUUUAUUAUAUUUCAUAAAUCGAAGACGAAUAAAAAAAAAUCAAAAAUUUUAAAAACUUUUAGAAUGUCUAUAUAACCUUACCCAUUUAUUAUUAAUGGAUCACAAUACAUAAUACACGCUUUGUGUUCUUAAAAGCCGUGGCGUAUUUAGUGGGGUAUUAAAAAGAUAUAUCCUGCAGUAGCGGGUCUAAAGAUAAUUUAAGAGAAGGAUAAACUGAAAAAAAUUUCGUAAGUCUAUUUGUUUAAAAUGUACUGCACCUACUUGCAGUUUAAUGCAUUUAAUUUAGGUAGAUUUAUAAUAAAAUGGUUUUAUUAUAACGAGUACAUGUGAAUUUUGUUUGUAUCUGUGAACAACUUUUCUACCAGAAAUCUUGCACUAAUGAAAAAACAACAAUUGAAAUUUUUUUUUUGUAUAAUUUUGGAUUUAUUUAGUACUUUGAGAUUGUUUUCCAGUAGCCGAUUUACGGAGGAGGGGGUCCAGAUCCCUUGGACCCGCCCCCAGAUGCUGAUAUAUAUACAUAUAUUUAUAAUUUAUGUAACGCACUAUACACAGGGUUUGACUCAGAAGGUAAUAAAGAUAAAUAAUAUAUUUCAAAUAUAAGUAGGUUGAUUAUUAAGAAUGUACUGAAAUAAUAUAUUCAAGAUUGUAAACACAGGCUAAUGAUCAAGAAGUUAAAACCUUUAUUCCUUAAAAAAUAUAUAUAUAUAUAUAUAUAUAUAUAUUAAAUAAUAAUUAUUUGACACUUUUCAACAAUGUAUACGAGUUUUAUACCAUCGUACCUAUUUUUAUAGUUUUGAUAAAAUCGUUCAUCGUAGUUUUAAUUCUCAAUAUUCAGUUAUCUUUCGAUAGUGAGUUUAUCUGCGAUUUUUCCACUAUUUCUAUGGGGGACAAUAUUGUCAAUAUAAUAACACUAUUCAAAAAUUAAAAUUCAGUAAACACUUGUUUUUAUAAAAAUAAAAAUAAUAUAUUUGAAAAACAUUAUUUUUUAAGACUCCUCCCCCCAGAAAAAUUUUGAAAAUCCUCCACUGCUGCGAUCAUUCAAUGCGAUCUUAUUCUAAAAAAAUGUAGUACUUAUUUUAAAGUGUAAUACAAACCGUCAGUGGUGAAUCCAAGGAGAGGGCACAGGAGCACCUCCCCUCCCUGUCAAUGGACUACAAUUUUUAUUUAUGUAUACUAAUUUAAUUUAAUACACAAUUUAUAAUUAAUUUACCGAAAAUAUAAAUAAUGUGCUCUCCUUUUAAAAAAUGUCUGUAUCCGUCACUCCAAAUCGUCAAGGUUCAUAUACGGCGAUAAAACCUCCGCCGCCGCGUCGCCAUGCCUUUUUAUUAAAAUUAUAUUUACGUCACACGACUGAGACCGUGUCGGAUUUUAUUUUUUUAUUUUUUUUUUUUUUUGUAGCAUGCAAUAAUAAUUAAAAAAAAGAAUUACACAUUUCAAAAAUUAAUAUGAUUAUCAUAUAUAAACGCCCCCCCCCCACCGCCCAUCUGAACUCGGAUUCGCAUAUGUUAGAGGUCAGAUAUUGAUUCUUCCUGUGUAUAUAUAAUAUAAUUUAUGAACACGCGUACACAUGUAUACUGUCGUAAAAGUUUUCGCGAGGUUAGACAAUGACCGUGACCUAUUUAUUUUUGUAUUUAUUUUUUUCGAUAACAAGCUACUAUCACUUCUAUGCCUAAUGCCUAUACUGUAUAAUCAACCCAUUUGCAGAAUUCAAAAAAAUCAUAGCGCCAGCAAUCAAUCCUUCUUUUUCUUUUUACGUUUAUUUACGUUUAUUUGUGUACGAAAUAAAAGUAGAUUUUGUAAAUGUAAUCGUAAUAAGGUUGUUAUCACUGGAUCGUUUAUUCGGUGUGUAUGGUGUUUGGACGAUAUAAACAUUUGCACCUUGUACGCACUAUAAAAAUGAAUCAUUGACCUUAAAGGCGGGUCCACAGCAAACGCGCACCUGCGCUCAACGAUCGACGUUGCUGUAACGUAAACGUACCGAUUUACCGACAACUCGAUUCGCCCACACAUUCGCCGAUCAUUUUGCAGACUCCCGAUUUGCCAAUAAAUUAUUCAAGCCAUUUGGUGCUGGAGGAAAACAGGCAUUUGAUAUAUGAAUUUAUUUUUUAAAACAAUGGUCAAAACUAAUCUGUUGGACUGUUUUUGAAACUUGAUGGAACUUAAAAAUGUAAAAUAAUCCUUUUUUCUAUGAUUAUACGUAAGAUAGAGUAAAUUAGUCAUGUACUUGGCACCAACAAUUUCAAAUUUAAAUCACUUUUUAAAUUUUCUCUAACAAAUUCCAACAAUAUCUUACAAUUCAAAGUAGAGAUUUUUGGAACAUUUUUUUAUUACUUUGUGGCGCAAGCUUUACGCCAGCUGCGCAAAUUAAAUAAAAUGGUAUAUAGGUAAAAAAAAAAAAACGGUCACUUUUAAGUUUUUUCAUAUAAAAAGACUUAUACAAAAAAUGGUUAAUAAUAUCAACUUGGGAAUACAAAAAACGUUUUUUUUUUUUUUUUUAAAAAAAUACAUACAAUUUGACUAUCCGCAUGAACAACUUGGAACCAAAUUAUAUUUUCGACGUUUAAGGGAGUCUAAACUACUUUAAAAUGUUUUAAAAUUAAUUUAUAAUGUCCCAACAAAUCACAAGUGCAACGUUUGUUGUUAUACACAACUCACUUAAACCAAAAAAAAGACACGGAUAUACUUCACACAAUGAGUGAGCCUAUGUUUUAGGUGAGAAUUUGGGAAGGUAGAAGGGAAAUUUAAUGUAUAUACGUACUUGACGAUUAACCAUUGCUAACGAAAAACAAUUUUGAUCGGAGUUCGGUUAAUAGUGUUGCUUUAUCAACAAUAUAUAUGUGAUAUUAUGGUAAAAUAAUUACAUUUGCAUUAUAUAUUUUCUUCAAUAUUUGUUUAUUAUUGUACUUAUUUUUCUGUUCUUUUUAUACGUUUUUUCCGGUUUUUCCCAUGUUUUUUUUUCCAUUUAUCAUGAAAACAGCUGGGGAAAUCAAAAAAUAACCAGUAAAGUAUCAUAUAUAAAGUAUCACUUCAGUCUAAUUAUCUUUUAGAAAAAGUGCUAUGAUUAAAAAUCGGAGGAAAAUUGCUGGUAGAAAAGUUGUCCACAGAAAAAAAAACAUCAUUGCGUUAAACCAAGAAUCCGCUCAGAAUCUAAAAGCAAAAAGUAAACGGCGUACUUUUUGGAAUACUCCUGUUCUAAAAUGUAGAAAAAUGUAUAAUAGUGCACAAUUACAAUUUACUGUUGCAAUAACAAUACGAUACUGACGAUUCUCGUCCGAACCAAAACAACACCGAACACUGCGUUUUUUGUUUCUCGCGAACAACCGCGCAAUUUAGACGAACACGUUCGUCAGUUUGCGGACAAAAUUCACGUUGCAAAACGUUUUACACAUUUGGUGUGUACCCGGUUCAACAAAUCGCCUAAUCUAAUCAAUUACAUGUAUGCAUAUAAUAUAUAUGUAUAUUUGCUACUUGUUUUUAUCACUUGAUCGACAUGAAGGUCGUGACUCAAAUAUAUAAGGGGUGAUACUCUCCUCGAGUGAUACGGUCAAUCGAGUGUGGCAAACAAUCUAGUCAUUUAAUUAUAUGUUUUAAUUCGCCAGGAAUAGUGGUAUCUUUUAGAUUCUGAGUGGAGCGAAGAAGCUUAUGGUUUUACAAAGAUGUUUAUUUUUUUUAUUAUCUGCGCGUAACUUUUUCACCAGAAAUUUUGUUCCGAUUUACAAUGUUAGCACUUCUUCUAAAAGCAAAUUUGACAGCGGAGUUUUUCACAAAUGUUAAAAACCGAAAAAUAUGAAAGAAAAAGGGGAAAAUAUAUUAGUUUUUCUGUGGAUAACUUUUCUACCAGAAAUUUUGCUUUGAUUUACAACGUCACUGCCAAUUAAAUUUUAUGAACGUGCACCUGUACUUUGUCUGACUUUGACGUUACUUCUGUAGCUUAAAAGAACACCAAGAUUUCUUCAUUAAAUAACUUAUAAUAUCCAGAAAUACAGUAUCUCCUACGAAGAUAUACUCAUUGUAAUAUCUCCGAAGAUAAUAAAGAUAAUCAAAUUCGAAUAAUUGUAUAUUACACGCAGGGAUAAGGACUACAAUCUACAAAUAUUUAUAUUUCAAUUGGUUUCAAAUGUUUUCGUAAAGAAACGUAAAAAAAACUUUUUAUUUUAUUAUUUUUGAAAAAUUUGAAGAUAGCCAAUUUAUAGAGUUUAUUAUUUUGACCAUUUCGAUGUAUCAAAUUUUUAUUUUCAUUAAAUUCGUGAUUUUUAAUAAUUUUUUGAAGUUCCAAGAAAAAUGUGUUCAGUCAAAAUAAUAAUAAUAAUCAAUUAUCAAAUGCGAUUACAGCCUGCUUCUUUUCUUGAACUUUAAUAAAAUGACUAAAAAUCACGAGUUUAAUGAAGAUAAUAAGUUGAACAAAACUUUUAUAUAAUUAAAACAAAAUAAAACAAAAUUUUGAUUAUUUUUAUUAUCUCAGGAGAUAUUGCAUUGGGUAUAUCUUCGUCUAUAUUUCCGGUUAAUUUCAGAUAUUCUGGUUUGUUGAACGGUUGCAUAUGAAACAUUUUAGUUCACUUAAUUUUAUCUUAUUUAAUAUUUUAAUCACGUAAGCUGCAAUAAGUUCGAGACUGUAUCAUGGUUUAAUAUGUUUUGGUCAUAUUAAUAGGAACGUAUUAACAAAAGAAAAGAAUUACAAUUGACCUUACAUCUUUAUUAUAACAACAAAUAAAACUAACUCAGUUACAUUAUAUUAUACUUAUACUACUUUUAGUUAGCGGAUGACAAACAAACAAUGCCGUAUGUAUACCAAGAAUAGUAAUAAUAAUGAUAUAAAUAAACAAAACUAACGUAACCAAUACAUUAUACAAUACAAUGUUACUAUAUCAAUGAUAAUGAUUAUCACAACAGAUUGUUCAGUAAUAUUUGUAAGAAUAAAUGUCGACGUUCCUCUCAGGUCUUUCAGAAAUCCUCGCCAAUUUUUAUAUAGAUUGUCACUGCCAAAAUUGUAGUCUAAAUGAACCGUUAAAUGUAAUAUUACCAUCCUGGAAUCGUAUAAAAAUUAUGAUUAUAAUUUACAACUUUCAUAAUUAUUAUCUUUAUUUUUUACAAAAAUUAAAUCUAUAACUUAAUAAUGAUCCAUUGUAGUCAUGAUUUUCAUUUGUUUUAUAUUGUAUCGUGUUGAGUUGUGUUACAUAUUUUAUCUUUUGUAAAAAUAUUACUGUAGGUAAUGUUGAUCCUCGGGGCGUUAUUAGUUAUAAUUGUUAUAAAUAAAUAAAUGUCCAAAAUUAUUUUGGUCGUAAUCGUUGCAUAUUUUAUUUUUUUGGUACUAGGCUCUUCAGAAAUUAAUUUGUAUCGUUCAACCUGCAUGUCGUCUACGAUAAGAGUAAUAAUUAAUAAUAUAAUAUAUUAUUAUAUUUACUUGAUGUGAAAAAUCAUUUAUUAUGAAAUAUUUUGUCAGAGUAACAUUUACUGGAGUUAUUUUUAUCGGAGGUAUUUCGACGUAGAACCUUCCAUACGUGUAUCUUCGAAAAGUGAUUUCUAGUAUUAAGUCCAGUUGUGGUCAAAUGAUUUUUUCAUGGGAAGAAAGGGAUAUGGAUAAUUUAUUAGAACUAUUACAGUUAUAAUUAACUAUUAUAAUAUUUAUAAUUUGCAUAAUCUUUUUUUUUAUAACUAUUAAAAUAUAAUAUAAUAUACAUGGCGAUUUUUAAUUAGGUUCACCCCGUUGUAAUGGUUAAAUUAUGCAUACAUUCAAACUCUGAUUUUUGGAAUUCUUAAUUCUAGUAAACGACAAUAUUUUCGUACGCUUAGAUUUUUUACAACAUUUAAGGAGUAUCCUAGAGCGGCAACAACUUGAAAACUUUAAAAUUAAACUCAAUGAUUUUUCAAAAAUUUUAACUUAUUGUAAUUGAAUUUUGAACAAAAAGUUGUUGAGCAAUUUUUUGUCUAAGUUGUUACCGCCACAGGAUACUCUAUGAAUUUUUCGAAAAAUUUAAGUAUUCGAAAAUAUAAUUUUUCAAUAUACUUAAUGGUUCCAAAAAUUUGAAUUUAUGCAUAAUUUAAUCAUAAAAAUUGGAUGCUAUAGUUAAAAUAAACCCUGAAAAUUAUUGAAAACAUUUAAGCAAAAUGAGGUUAUGAGGGAGAUAUACCACCCUAAUCCCUUCCGUUUGACCGCCCCUAGUUGAGUCCAACGCUAUUCGUGUAUUGACCUAAUAUACAAUAAUAUAAAUGUUUACAUUGUACAGAACAAAUAUGAAUUCAUAUUAUUAGAUUCCACGUGUCACUCAAAGUAUAAAACAAAUUACCUUUACCUAUAUGUCUACAAAACUAUUAGCCGCAUUUGGACAAAUAAUUUUUAUGAUUCACCGUAAAAUAAAUUACAAUAUUCAAUUGUCGAUUAGUGUAUUAAAUAUGCAUUUUUCUAUUUCUUAAUAAAGUAAUUAUAUUAAAAAAAAGCUGAUUUUGGGGCUUUUGUUGUGGGUAAAAAAACAGGAAGGUAGGAUACAUAAUAUUUAAUUUAUACCUGUAACCAACUAUGAACCAUUUUAAAUGAAAAACGAUUCGGAAUAAAGUUCGAUUGCAUAGGUUUUGAUAGACCAUUAUAAUUACGAUUUUCGUCAAAAGUCUUUUAUAUUAAAAGAUUCUUAAAAAAAUGAGAUAAUGACUUAUACCUUCUGUCAAAUUUUCAAACCAUUUUGUUUAGCCAAACAAAUUUGUUCAUAUAUUUUACCAAAUAAUAAUUACGUAAAAUGCUCACAAAAUUAAAAUAUCUAUAAAUAGCUUAAAAAUAACUCAAAUGUUUUGAACAUUUUACAACACAUAGAAAUUCCAAACAUAAUUUUUCUGUCAAAAUUGCAAUUCUCUAUGAAUAUUUCUAACUGAAUUACAACAAACAAACAAAAAGUAUUUUUUAAAAGGGACGGAAGUAGGUGAGAAGUUGAAAAGAUUGUAUACAUUAAUCAAUUUAAUUUAUAUUUUUAAACAACAAUAAACCAUUGCUAACGAAAAAAAAAUUCUGAGCAAAAUACCAAAUAGAUAAAAUUUCCUUUCAGAAUAGAUGCUACUUGAUAUAUCAAAGCAAGAUUUCUAUUUUACAUUUUUUACAUAAUAUAAACAAAAAAAAAAUAUAUCAUUUUAAAACCAAUACAGAGGUGGCCAAAAGUCACGCAACGCCUACCGUCUUGUAUGGAACGUGCGUUACGGUACAGUUUCUCCCUCCAUGUCAUUUCCGUUACGUCAUAUUGCAACUUUGGUCUCGUUAUCUUGUUUACGUACAACAACUGAAAGGUUUAUAAAAAAAACAACAUAUUUAACAUAAAACAGAACAGUUUUAUAAAAACUGUGUUGCAAAUUUGUUGCGUGACUUUUGGCUACCUCUGUACAUUCGUGUCACUCUGCUCCGAAUCCAGAAUAAAAACAAUAAAACUAUUAUUUUUAUAAACUUUACAGUUCUGUUCGAUUUUGCUCAAUUAUUAAAAAACUACAGGAAAAAUAAAAAAACGAAUUACUUACUCACCAACAAAAUUCAAAAUGUAACAAUAAAAGUCUCCUAUCGCUAUUGGGUCAAUAUUUCAGUGGCGGUUAUAAGAGGGGGAGUGCGAUAAAUGGAUUGCCCUUCUCAGGUCCGUUUUUUGUUUAUAAUAAAUAAUUGAAUGAGGAUUAAUCAUGGAAAUGCUUGUGAGCUGAACUUGAAAAUAUUAGAGAAAGGUUAUGGGCUCUCCAAAAUUAUUGUCUAUAAUUUUUGUUAGUAAUUUUUGUCCCCACUUUAAAGUCAGUUAUAAGCGCCACUGUAAUAUUUCUGAUAAAGUUUCUAGAAAAGUAUUCAUAGAGACUUGAAAUGUUGAUAGAAUAUAUAUGUCUAUUCUGGACGUGGUCAAUUUUUAAAAACAUUUGAGCAAUUUUUGAUCUAUUUAUAGACAUUUAAUUUUUGUGAAUUUUUAUUUUGUAAGUAAUAUGUGAAUAUCAUUGCUUGAACCAACAGAAAUGCUUGAAAAUUUAACAGAAGGUUCAUUUUAAGUUGUAUUAAUGGUAAAAUAAUUAAAAGGAGAGUUUAAUGUAGUCAUAUUUUAGAUUCUGAGCGAAAGGAGGAAUGUAUUGGUUUUACAAUGAUGUUUAUAUUAUCUUCUUAAUUUUUUUUUUUUAUCUAUCUCGUAUAAACAUUUCUCCUAAAAAUCUUGUUUUUAUUUUAAAAUAUAAUAACUUUUCUGAAAGGAAAUUUUAUCUGAGUGGUCCUUUAAUGUGUUCUUUUUUGAUUUUCUAAGCAGUUUUCAUUAUAAUUGGGAAAAAACGAGAGAAAACUUAGGAAAACGAAAAAAUUUAAGAAAUGUAGUUUUUUAGAUUCUGAGUAUAGCGAAGAAUGUAUUGGUUUUACAAAGAUGUAGAUUCGGAGCGUAGCGAGUAAGCUAUUGGUUUUACAAUGCUGUUUAUUUUUUCUUAUUUGUUCUAGUCUAUGGACACGUUUUUUCUUAGUAAACUUGCUCCAAUUUUUACUUAAAUUAUAUGCCAGACUUUGAACGCACACCCAUCCAUCAGCCAAAAAUAUUGUUACCCAGGUAUGAACUCGGAUUUUAAUCGAAAAUUAACACUCUUUUGUUAAGAAAACCAUGUCAGAUAGGUAAAAGGGGAUCAAAAUAGUUAUUUGUAGUAGUUGAGAUAGCUGAAUUGUGACGUCUGUAGUUCAUCAUAUACAAGUAGUCGAAAUAACCAAAUAGUACCAAUAUUUUUUUUGAAUUCAGCUGGAUGAAUCUGGAUGAAAAAGCUAUGGAUGAAUCGAAAUUGUUGAUUCUAGGUUAAAAUAUUUUGCACCAACAUGGCUCCAUUAUUCUCCACCUAACUAAAUUUUAAAGUGGAAUAUCUCGUCAAUAGGCUUACGGAAAUAAAAAAAUGUCAAUACUAAAAUGUAUUAAAAUUAAAACUUCAUUUAUUUACAGGAUUUUCAAUACAUAAGUAGGUAUUUGAAAAUCCAAAGUACGUAGUGAUUUCAUCCCUGGAAGGAAAGGUGAUGAAAAAUAACAGCACUGUAAUAUUUUAUAGAACUGCUUGAUUAUUAAAUUAUUAAAUAAAAAAAAGUUAAUAUUUGUAAGGUUUGGUAAUAUUUGUAUUAUUUUAGAUUCCGAGCAUAAUGAGGGAGCUACUGGUUUUACUAAGAUAUUUAUUUUUUUUUUUCUUCUUUUAGUCUGUGAACACAUUUUUUCCUAAUAUACUUGCUCCAAUUUUUGCAUGUCAUAGUAACUUUUCUGAAAGCUUAAGGUGUCUACAUGGUUUUAUAAAGAAGUCGAUUUUUAAUUUCGACGCCAUUUUUUAAAUAAAAAGACUUCAGUGGGAAAUAAACGUAGGAAAAUGUACAACUCUACAAUUUCAUUAUUUAUAAAAUCACGGACGACGUUUUCUACCAGAAAAUAUUACUUAGUUAAAAAAUCGCAAGAUACCUUUUUUGUUGCCUAUUUGAUGUACAUGCUGGUGAUAUCAUCGUCAAAACUUUUGAGCCACUUUUGAGCUUUUAAAGAAUUAAAAUUUGUUGAGUUUUUUUUUGUUGUAAUUCGAUUAUAAAUACAUUUAGAUACUUAAAACUUGGUAAUUAUACUAAUUUUGGACUUACCUAAAAGUGGUAAAAUUUCCAAAUUAUCGGACGAAUUUAUUUUUAUGUAUAUAAGCGUUUUGAAAUCAAAUUUAAACGAAAAUCGCAAAAAAAUAUUACAUUAAUGUUAAUUGUUAUUUAUUUAGGUUAUUUUUUUGAUUUUCUAAACGGUUUUCAUAAUAAUUGAGAAAAACCGGGAAAAAAUGUCAGAAAUUAGAAAAUUUAAAAAAAUAAUGCUUUAUAAUUCAGUUAAAAAUAUUCGUAGUGACUUUAAAUUUUAUAUUUGCCUUUUAAAGAAGUAGUUGAACUGUAAAAAGAUUUGAGCCAUUUUUGAACUACCUACUAAUAAACAUUUUACUUUUAUAAGUAAUUUUUAUUUUGUAAGUACUCUGUGUAUAAAUUUGUUAGAUUAAAUAGAAAGAGUUUAAAAUUUAAGAGGAGGUUAUUUAUAAGUUGUAUUUCAUGGACAAAAAAAAAAAUUGAAAUUGAAUUUAAUGUAGUAUGUUGUUUUUAUAAGAAUUGAAUUUAGUAUCAAAUUUCGAUGAUAUUCGUAAAUAUUACGGACUAAUUUGUACCUAAUCUAACCCUAAUAAACCUAUCCGUAUUCCACUGUAUUCCACUCAAAAUCGUUUUUCGUUAACAAUAUUUAUGGUUAACCGUUAUGUACAGAUAUUCAUUUAAUUUCUCUUCUACCUUCCCAACUUUUCAUUUUACAAUAAUGCAAUGUAUGUUUGUCUGUACAUUUUUUUUUUAAAUUGACUCAUGCGUCUUACUUUUAUUUCUUAAUACUUCUAUCUUUACAAAGAUAUUUAUUAUUUUAAACUUUGUUUAAAAAUUCUACGAGAAAUCUUGCUCUGAUGUAUACGAUGUAAACCCUUUUCUAAAAGAAAAUUUUCCUGGGGAGGUACUUUAAGGAGGUCCUUAAACCAAUGAUACUAUUUUUUUUUUCAAAUUAAGGCACAUCGAUUAUUAUUAUUUUAUAUUUUUUCUGCAUACAUAACUUAGAGAGAAAAGUUAAAAAAAUCUAAAUAAAUUAUGUAACGCUUAAAGAAAAUAAAACUAUUAGUGAAAGAGUCAAAAUUAAUUUUUAAAGUAAUACAAAUUUUACAAAAUCCUUAUAAAUACAUAAUUUGUAUUCGGUAGGUACUCUGUGGAUAAAAUUAUUAAACUUAACAGAAAUGUCGUACUUUUUUUGAUGAUUAAGGAAUAAAAAUAAAAAUUUCUCUACAUUUGUGUUCCCGUAAUAUAAAACCGAAUUGAAAAAAAAAACAAUUAAUAUUGACAAAGUUAUUAGCAUUCAUAAAACACUGUAGGACACUCUGUAUUAUAAUAUUAAAUACAAUAACUUACUAUAAUUUCAAAUAAUUAUGUAGACAAAAUGCGCAUUAUUAAUCGAAUAAUAAACCAGUCGAGUUUUAUUUGCCGAUGUAUCUAAUGCAAUAUUCACUAUCUACAAAUUUAAAUUGCAUGUAUCUGAUAUUGUAAAAUGAUGGUUUGUAAUAAAAAAUGAUAUAAAUAUAUGAUGUAUAUACCUAUUGAGUAAUGUCGAUAAAACGCAAUAUUGGGUUUGUUAGCGUGCUAAAACUACAGAUAUCGACACUACAAUAAUGCAUAUUUAAUAACCUGAUAAAACUACUAUAAUUUGUUUUUGGUGUUUCAAAGUCAAUAGAAAUUAUGUUCAGUCUACCAAUGAACUUGCAGAAAAGAUUUUUUAGACACUAAAAAUGAUUAAAUAUUGCAAUAUUUAAAUAUAAUACGCCGGCAAAAUGUAUUAAAAAAUACAUAUUAGUACUAUAGGUACAUAUAUUUUACAUAUGCCAAUAUUAAAAAAAUUACACAUGUCCCGUGCAAAAUUAUAAUGUUGCGACUUUUAUUAUACCUACCCUUUUGUUUUCGAAUUUCAAGCAAAUCAAAUACGCUAAUAAGUGGUAAAAAAACAAUUAAGCUAGUGUGUGUGUGUGUGUGUGUGAUUUAUAUGGAAGUUAACGCGAAAAAAAAAACUAUUUGCAAUAUCAAAUUGAAACUAACGAAACUCAAUUCAUUUUUAUUUACAUAUUCAAAAUAAAACGAAAUUAUUCCAUUGAAUGACAUUUUUUCACAUUUAUAAGAAAUCAAAUAAUAAAUUGAAUUUUAUACUCAAUCAAGGGUUACUCCAGUCUCCAGGAAACUCACUGAAAUAGUGGAAGAAAAAGCUAAAAUGUUUUUUCAAAGGUCAACAGUAAAAUAAUAUAAUUAUCUAAGUAAUCAUAUCUUAUAUAAUUGGUAUAGUAGUAUUCUUAUAUUAUAAUAUAGUGCAAUGAUGCUAAUAUAUAGUUUUAUUUAAACCAAGCCCGUAUACGGGGGAACCCCGGUUAGGGGUUCAACCCUCCUCCCCGGAAAUUAUAAAGUGGGUAUAUAUUUAUAAUAUGACGAAAACCAGCGACAAACUUUAUGUAUAAUAAACAUAUUUUAACACCACCACAAAAAAAAAAAUUGAUUCUGAAUAAUGAAUACGUGCUUGCUUUAAAGUUUAAACAAAUCUUAAAUUUCAUCCGACGCUGCUUUUUUUUUACUUAAAACCACACAGAUAUAUAUAGGUACAUUUUUAAAAUGGCUAAAACCCCUUAGCCCCUCACCCAUUAAUAAGUUCUAAGUCUGUACUUAACGCUACUGACAAAAUUGAAUAAUAAUUAUUAUGUUUUUUCCAUUAAAGAGACUCGUCAUUAAAAUUUGUUUUCUCUGUCUAUCUUGUGCGUAAUGUACAACAACAUUGACAUCCUGCACUUCUACAAAUACAACUCUGGUUAAAUUUAGGAUAAAGUGACCAAAUACAUUUUAUAAAGUAUAGUACUUAUUAUAGACCCUGAGAAUAAUUUUUUUAAUAAUUUCAUUUUCAUCAAGAAUUGCGAAUUUUAGUUUUCUCUUAGUUCAAAAACUCUUUUAAUGGUUAAAACAAUUAAUAACUGAAUAAGAAAUUAAAAUAUCUUUUUAAAAAUAAUCCAUAAGAUCUAUAGAAAAUACACUCUUUCAAAAAAUACGUGAUAGGUUUUUCUGACCUAAAGUCAAACAAAGAGUAGUGAUCACGUAAAUACACAAUGCUUUUAUUAUAAUACGUGUGAGCAGAUAAGAAAAAAUAAUUUUAGUGGCGAGACCAUAUUGAAGAAUGGAUAGGCCAUGGCUAUACCAACAAAAUAGAGGGAAAUAUGCCAGAAUGAAGAAUAAAGAAAGAUUGUUUUUCAAAAUGACAAAAAACGAAAAUUGAUAAAUUUAUAGCAUUAGCAUUAUUUUUAUUUCUGUACGUAUUUCUAUAUGUACGUGCAGCAGAUUGGCGUCAUUUAAGAAAAAUGAGAAAUAUACGAAAGUAAUGCUUUUAUUAUUUGUUGAAAUUCAGUUAAAAAUAUUCGUUUGAACUUUAUGGGUAUACAAUUUAAACACAAAACUUAUACUUGAUUUUUCUAGACGUGGUAAAAUUUUAAAUUUUGUAUAGACAUCUUAAUUUUACGCGUAAUUUUUAUUUGGUAGGUACUCCGUUACAAAAUUGUUAGACUAAACAGAAAUGCUUGAAAAUAUAGUAAGAAGUUCUUAAAAAGUCGUACUUUUUAGUCUAAAAUAAAUUUGAGCACAAUGUAGAAUUUUUUUUUUAUCAAAUAUUGAUAAAAAUCCUUUCAGUAAAAAAUUAUGUGGAACAAAUCUAAUUUUAAAUUCUGAUUGGAGCAAAGAAGCUUAUGGUUUUACAAAGAUGUUUAUUUUUUAUUCUAUGCACAUCUUUUUUACCAGAUAUCUUACUCCAAUUUUUAAGUGUAGCACCUUUUCUGAAAUGAAAUCCGACUGGGAACUGGCUACUUUAAAUAGGUAAUUUUUCAAUUUUCCCAAGAAUUUUCCCAGCAAAUGUAAGAAUCCGGGAAAAAACAUGGGAAAACCGAGAAAAACGAAGGAAAAGUUGAAUAUAGACCAGUUGAUAUAAUUUAUAUACCAGCACGAUAUGGUGUUAGAUUUCAAUAAUUUGCUUUCAGAAAAAAUGCUAUAUACUUGAAAUUAAAGAAAAACAGAAACGAAAAUAAUAAAAUUGUUAUUGCCAUAAUAACAUGUCUGUUUUUCCUAUUGUCCACAAUCACUGUUCUCCAAUAAUCACAAUCCUUGAUCUUUUUCUCCCAUUCUAUCACUUCCAAUACCUAUAGUUUUUUCCACACUUCUACAAGCUUUCGUUCUACUGGUUCCCAUUCGAUUACGUUAAUGUAAAUGCGCUUUGUUUCUUACUUGUUUUCUCCUCAUUCGGAGAUGGCGUACACCAGCUACCAUGAAGUCUAUGUCCUUCACUUAACCUGUUAUAAAGCACAGUAUAUAAUAAUCGGUAUCCUACCAAAAAUACUUUACAAUUAAUAACGAAAUUUAAUUACGCUACUUACGUAAAAGUUUAUUUUAUUAAUUGAGCCACUUAAAAAAAAAAAUACAAAUGUGUAGCGAGGUCGUAUUCUCUAUUUAUUUUACGAAUCGAUGUAACGUUUUUUCUUUUGUGCAACGGACAAUAGAAAUUAUUUAUAUACGAAUGAGCGAUAAAUAUUUAUGUUUUAUAUAGCUGGUACCAAAGGUGAAUCUUUGAGGGGCUUGUCCUCCCCCCAGUUCAAAUUUAGUUCCCCAAUUUUAGAUCAUCCAAAUUUCAAGAAUAUUACAUUUAAUACACAAUCGAUAUAAUACACUAUCGAUUGCAUUAUGCACUACCAAUAUUCAAUAUUGGUUAUAGAGAGGAACUAAUUUCUUCCAAAAUUACAUUAUAAUUGAAACUCUUCCUACUUUUCUAAGAAACUAACCUUGAUUAUGGGUAAACCAAUUUCUUCCGCAUCUUACGAAAGAUAAUUUUUAUCAAUGGGGCUGAUAAAUACAUACAUAAAAUCUAGGAUAAUUCAAAACUGCUAUUUUUCUUUGGCCAUAUUAAAUUUAAAAAGACGGACAUACAUCGCACGUGGGUGGACCUAAACAUGUAAAACGGAACUUUACUCAGAACCAUUUGUUAUUAUCAAUGGUUUAUCGUCGGUUACAGGUAAAAAUUAAAUAUUUUUAUGUAUCCAACUUUCCCCACUACUCACCUACAACAGUAGCCGCAGACGUCCCAUAUAUUAGCUCUUAUUUUUAUUUAUUUUUAAUGAUUAUCAUUAACAUAAAUUGUUGAAAUGAGGGGGGUAGUGAGUCAAAAAUUCUACGCCUAGAAAGGGAAAUUAAAAGUUUUCUGUCAAAAUUUCAAAUCUCUACGAAUAUUUUUAAAUAAAUCACAACAAAUAUACCAAAAUUGAAAAAAACAAUAUUUUCGUAAAUUUCCCGUUUUUCUUACGUUUUAUCCUGGUUUUUUCCCAAAUAUUAUGAAAAUUGCUUAGAAAAUUAAAAAACGUCAUUCUUAAAGUACAAUCAAGACAAUAUUUUCUUUCAGAAAUAGUGUCACACGUAUAUAUAUCGGAGAAAGAUUUCUGGUAGCAUUUUUGUACAGAGUAUAAAAAAAAAAGAGCUGAUGCUAAGGACGGGAGCGGCCACUGUUGUAGUUCAGGAAUUUGAAAGUUAAGAUGCAUAAAGUUAUUUAAUUUGUAUCGAUUAGCAACGAUAAACCAUUGAUUGACAAAAGAAGACAAUUCUGAUUGCAGUUCGGUAAUACAUAAUUUAAAGUGCCGUAAUUUUUUUUUGCGAUUUUCGUUUAAAUUUGAAACGCUUAUUAAAAAAUCGUCCAAUGAUUUUGAAAAUUUUACCACAUCUAGGUAAGUCUAAUAUUAGUAUUUUUUACCAAGCUUGAAGUCUCUACGUGCAUUUAUAACCCAAUUACAGCAAAAAAAACUCCUAAAAAUUAAAAUUCCUUAAAAGCUUAAAAGUAGGUCGAAUGUUUUAGUGAUGAUACCUUAAAAAGUAAAUCAAAAAGGCUACAAAAUGGUUUGUUAUGAUUUUUCUGGUAGAAAACGUCGUCCGUGUUUUUAUAAAAUAAUAAAAUCGUAAAAUUGUACGUUUUUCUGCGUUUUUUCGACUUAAGUGCUUUUAUUUAAAAAUGACGUCGAAAUGAUUUGAAUAUCUGUUAUCAUACUUCUGCUAAUAAUCUAUGUAUAUUAUUUUACAUAAUGAAUCUUUUUUUUAGUUUACUCUCUAAAAUACAAUUCUAGACAAUUUGAGCUAUCAAAAAAGUUGCUACACGUAAAAAUCGGAGCCAGUUUACAAGGAAAAAAACGUGUCCACGGACUAUAAGAAAGCAAAAUGAGAGAAAGAUAGAAAGAAAGAAAGAGAGAAAGAGAGAAAGAAAGAAAGAAAAAAAGAAAGAAAGAAAGAAACAUCUCAGUGAAACCAAUAGCUUCCUCGCUAUGCUCGGAAUCUAAAAAUGUACGGAUAUACUUCGUACAUGAGUGCAACCACUGCUGUAGGUAGGAAGUUAUGGGUAAGUUGUAGGUAGGAUACAGAUGGAAAUUGAAUGUAUAUCUAUUAGCAACAAUAAACCAAACGAAAAGGCGAUUAUGAACAGAGUUCAGUUGAUAGUGUUGCUUUAUCAACAAUUUAUAUUUCAUAUUAUGGUAAAAUGAUUACAACAAUGUGUGUUUCCAAGACAACAAUAAUUGUUUAAAAAAUAUUAAAAUAAUAAAAACUUAAUAAUAACAAAAAAUAAAUAAAAACGGUAACCAAUGGCAACCUUAUUUUUAAUUUUUCAAUCUUUUUAACCUAAAGAACCCGGUUUUUCUCAUUAUCUCAAAUAUUAUUGAGAAUUUCAAAAAUUCCCAUUUCUAAAAUACAACGCAGAGAUCAUUUGCUUUCAGAAAAAUUUAUAUACUUGGUAAUCGGAGUAAGUUAUCUAAUAGAAAAAGUAUUCACAUAAAAAAAUAAAUUUUGAAAAAUAAACAUCUUUGUGAAACCACUACAUUCUUCGCUCCACUCAGAAUCUAAAACACACAUCAUAGUCAAACCAACAGAUCCCUUACUACACUCUGAAUCUAAAAGGCUGUAAUAAUUAAUAAUACAUUUCGUACAUUUUCUCGUUUUACCUUGGUUUUUUCCCAGUUUUCUCUAUUUAUUGGGAAAACUCUUAAGAAAAUCAAUAAAUGACUUCCUCAAAUUACCACUUAAGUCAAAUUUUUUUUUAGAAAAAUUGCUACAUUUGAAGAUCGGAGCAAAAUUCACGGUAGAAAAGUUGUUCACAGAGAUAAAUAAAUAUAUAAAUAAAUAAAUAUCAUUGUAAAUCAUUGCAUUCCUCAUUUCGCUUUGAAUCAAAAAGUGAAUGGCAGUACGAUUUCAUUAUUUUAAAUGUUUACACUGUCCGUUUUCUAUUAAUAAUAUUGUUCCUCAUAGAAAAACAACUGAGAUUUGUUUUUUAUUGAAUUUUUAAUCUAGUCUAUGUUUUUUGAUUUUCUCUGUAGUUUGAAUUAUAAUUGAAUAUAAGCUAAAAAAAAAUGUGUAGAAAAACCAGAAAAUUUACGAUGAUAUUUCUAUUAUAAUUUAAAAUUUUGUUUUUUAAAUUUAAUUAAAGGUUAAUAAUAUUCAUAGAGGCUUAAAAUGAUGACAGAAAACUUAUAUUUAUUUUUUCGAAUCGUGGUAAGACUUUCAGAAAAUUUGAGCAGUUUUUGAGUUAUUCAUAGACGAUUUUUGUAAACUUUUUACGUAAUUUUUAUUUAGUAGAUACUCUGUGGAUGAAAUUGUUACGACUAAACAGAAAUUCUUGAAAAUUAGAAGCAACCCUUAUUGCAUUAUUAUAAAAAUGUUCAAAAUGUGCUUGAAAUAAAAACUUUAAAAGAUUUUAAAAAAAAAUUGAUAAAGUAAUUGAAAUCAUAAAUGCAUUCAAAAUCUUCGUACUGAUAAUCUCUGGUUCUUGUGUUCAACCACUCGGUAUAUUUUCAAUUUUAACCAAUAGGGUUCCCAAUUAUUUUUGAUAUUCAAACAAUUGUCAUUAUCAGUGAUAGUGUCUAUCUGUGAUAAAAAUUGAAUAUAAAAUAAAUUAUUUCUUUAAUGUAAUGAAAUUAGCCUUAAGUAAAAUGUGCUAUCGUUAGUUUCAUACAACGCGUUGUACUAAUUAAUUUCUAUAUUUCUCCAAUUUCAUUAUUUAUUAAAUAGGUACUAUUAAGCAUUUUAUCAAUGAUAUUAACCAUUAUUAAGUUAUAAUUUGUUUGAUAAUUAAUUAUCACAGCUAUGGAUGAUCAUAAAAAUGAUCGAUAAAACUUACCUAUAUUACCUACUAGUAAACCGAUAAUAAUCGGUUCCUGAUAAUUUUUAACAAAUUCAUUAGCAGCAGUUAAUUUAAUUUCACCAUUAUCGUAUCGAAAGCGAUGUAUUAAAUCAACUUUUUGUUGCGAGGUCAGUGUAUACCGCGUCCAAUGACCUCGCUGUGACGUUUUUCGGACGUCUGAAUGCGUUAAUGCAUCCCUACAGGCCAUAAUCAAAUCGGUCAAAGUCACGAAUUGUUUUGUGUUAAAAUAGUUAAAUGCUUUUUUAAUCGAACAACGUUUUUUAUCGACCAUAAAACAGAACACAUAAUUUUAUUGUUGUCUAUUUAAAAAAUAACAGCCAAUCAAUUCAACGAUAAUUUAAUUUUAAAAUCGACAAAAUUAAUAAUUUUUUUUUUUGGUAUUUUAUUGCGUAAUUAUCGUUAUAUUAUUAUCGUGUAUAAAAUGUAUUAUAAUAUAUCACCAUUUAUCAAAAGAUAAAAAAAAUGAGGGUAAAAGCAUUUUUGAAAGCCAACAGAUUUUUUACUUGACUAUGGAGAUUAUUUAAUACUUUAAUCACAUUCCCUCCGUCACUUUUCGUUAAGGACUACGGCUCUGAUAACAUUGCCUUUUGCUAAUAAAAAAAAACCCUCAACUUCAAAUUUAUCCCUCAUACAUAAAUUCAAAUUAAAAAAUCAAAUUUGAGUUAUAUUCGUGGAAAAAUUUUUUGAAUCUGUUUUGUGAAUGAACAUCGACAUAUCUAUCCAAUGGGGAGGGGAGGUAAUUCAGGAAAUUAAUUUUCCCCUGCUCAAACAUUGUCUACCAUAGCUAGAUUAGCUUUAGUAUGCAUUAUUUAUUUUUUUUAAUUACAUAACACCCCCCCCUCCAUUCCCUAGAUAUAUGUUUGGAGAAACCCAUAUGGAUAUGGUACCAAACGAUUUUAUUUCUUCUUACCUUUUUAAGAUUAUAAAAUGUGUGUGGUUUUAUGGGAAGUAAUAAUAUAGGAAAUUGAAUAAAUAGUUUCUAAAUGUUUAUUUUAAAUUGGAUAAUUUAAAAAUAAUAAAUAGCUAUUGGAUAAUUAUUGAAAAGGGGCAGUAGAGCAUACACGAGUCACUAUUAAGAAAUAGAGUUCACCUUCCAUUGAAGUUAUAAAUUACUAGUAAGUACAUAAAUUAGCACUCGCCACGACCGAGCAAUCAAAAUUGAAUAAUUUUUGUUGUAAUAAUUUUUAUUCCGUUUGGUUCAUAAAAAAAUUAAAAAAUUGAAUACUAAGUUUGAAAACUAAUUUGAUUUGAAUCAUGCAGAGUGUAAUGAUAAAUUAUCGUUAACAUCAUAUGAUUCUUAUAUGGUGGGGCUCGGUUAAAUAUUGUUUACUAAAUUAAUUAAUUUCUUACAAAAUACAAUUCAGAAUUUAUUGUUCGUGAUUUUUAGAAAAUUUCGCCGAAAUAAUUGUAAUAGGUUGCCUCGUGUAGACCUUAUUAUUUACGCUAUAACACCUGUUCGCUUUGCUCCUGGCAUUCACUUCAUUGUAUAUUUAAACAUUUUCGUAACCCGCCUUAACACGUUGAUUAAUUGCCACGCAAUUUUUCCAUGCAUUGCCCUGAGGGCCAUAAGUACAUUUUUGUGUACAUGCUAGAAAUUUUUAUAUUUGCUUCUUAUUAUAUUAAUAUAAAUUACGAGUAUAUCUUUUUGACACGGUCAAAAUUAUGCAUUUUUUUAUAUAUUUAAAAAAAUACAAUAAAAACAAAACAGAUGUUUAAUUAUUAAAUAUUGUUUUCUUUUUACAUUUUGACAAACAUAGAAAAAAAACUUACCCAGGAAGGGCAAGUUUUCAGUGCACAAAUAAAUUUAUUCAUAAACAGUCAACGUGUUUAGCCCACCCUUAAGUACACGAAUCAUUCGAUACAUUAAUACUUAUCAUACGAAUAUUUUAAAAUGUUUCAUAUUUAAUUAAAAAGUCACUACAUGUUACCUUAAAUAUUAUAUAAUUAUAAAAUAGGUAUACCUAUAAUUAGUAGUCAGGGGCGUAUCCAAAAGGGGUAUUGUAACCCCUCUGAAAAUUGUUGAAUAAUAAAAAAAUUGUCAUUAAUAAAUCAUUUUCAGAUAAAAUUUAUAAGCCAUUCAAAUUAUAAACAAUUUUAUUAUACAAAUUAUAAACAAUAAACCAAAUCUAAAAAUAACCAGAAUAACAUGAUGGUAUGAUACAAAAUACAGAUAAUAUAUAAUAAUAACACUAAUUGUCGAUUGGCGGCGAUUGUGAUUGCGAAAUCGAUAUCUUGCAAUCCCCAAUAUAAUUUUAGAUUUUUAGUGCCUUUUUUGAAUUUCAUAAUAGUAUUGCCCGUGAAAUGUCUAAGUAGCCAGUCUAUACUCUGUAGUAAUUGCAUCGAUCGCAGAACGACUGUUGCAGGGUCUAUUUUUGUGUGUAAUACCAAAUCUGUUGUGUAGUACGAAAUUAUUAAAUGUAUAGUACGGAAUUAUAAAAUGUUUAAUGUUAGUAUUUUUUAAUUGUUUAACAAAUUUAGAAUAAGUAUAUCAAAGAGAUUUGAUCAAAUACAAAGUAGUUUAAAAUUUGUUAUUUAUUAUUAUAAUGUUUUAAUACUUGUUAUCUUAAUGCUUGUUAUAAUUAGUUAUUUGUUGAAAGAAUAAUGUUCAAAUAAAGUACAAACUAGUUUAAUUUUUUGUUUUAUGUUUACUUCUUACAAUAGGUACCCAUUAAUUUCCCCUUGAUAAUGUUAAACUUGGAAAUAUUUAAAAAAAAUAAUUGCAAACAACUAUAAAUGGUAAAAAAAUUAGUGAAAUAACUGUAUUUAAGGGUAUGGGAGCAAAUUUUAUUUUGUGACCAUAAAUUUAUAGUCUAAACUAAAAAGUGUAUAUUACGAAAUAUGAAGAAAAAUAGACCUUGGACUUUUGUACUUGCUAUUUGUAUUAGCGUUUAUUUAAUACCGUAAUGAGCAAUGAAUCAAAGAACGACUUUUGAAAUACUUUGUCUCAACUUCCUCAACAUUUUCGCAAGUUAUUAAAAACCAAAACUUUCACUCCAUGACAACGAUGUUCAAAAUAAUGAAAUUUUCUUACUGUCGACCAUAUCCCAAAUUCCGGCUUCCGAUUUAUUGGAUAACACAAACAAUUUAGUUACUACUUUUGAAACACGAAAGAAAAUACCUUUUAUAAUUUUCUAUAUCAACUGAACGAUAGAUUUAUAUCACACAGAAUUGUUUUGAAUAAUUUUGUUUGUAUUUUAUCUAAGAUAAAAAUGAAAAUAUCUGAAGAUAUUAAAGGUAAAUUCAAAUAAUUAAUAGAAACAUAUCAAACAUAUAAUUAAUGUAAGUACCGAUUCAAAUCUAAAUGAUCAUAUAUCAAACGGAGAAUUAGAUUUGCGAUACACUAAAUAUUUAAUUGGAGUAUACUUCCUAACCUAUCCAGAUGUUUAUCCAAUAAUUCUAACAAUCUAAACUUCUUCAAAUAUUCAUAACAUUUUCAGUGUCUACUGCCACGAGAAAACGAUCGUUGUCAACACUCUGUCGUUUGAAAACUUAUUUGAGACAUUCUUCUGGAUAAAUACGUUUAAAUUGCUUAGCCUCACUAAAUAUUAAUCGCGAUAUCAUCAUAGAUAUCAAUAAUGUUAUCAAUAAACUUGCUAAAACAUUAAAACGAAAAAUGAAUGUACGUUUAUAAAUUUUUAAAAAAGAUAAAUAUUUACAUAUUAAACUUUUAUAAUGAACGUUGUAAAAUAUUAAUAAAAUGUUUAAUGUAUGCUUUAAAAAAACCCACACAAUUCAAAACAAUUUCAUUUGUUACAUUUUUUUUUCAACCUUGCCCCCCUCCCCAAAAAAAAAAAUUCUGGAUACGCCACUUCCUAUACUAUGAUUUAUCAUUCAUAAUAUAAGUUUCAUACCAUUUUAUGGUUAUAUCGAUCGAAGGCUUUAUGUGUUUUCUUGUUUCGAUUUUACGCUCUGCGAGGAAUGUAUAAGUUUAAGAUUAUUUUUAUAUUUUUAUUUUAUUUUAAAUUUAUAAAACCAAAACUAACAAUUGUGGUAUCUUAAAGCUUAACAUAGUUAACUUAAAACUAAUCUAGGCUUAAGUGGGAAGAGGUACAAUAGAGGAGUUACUUACAGGGUUAUUAAAUGGAAUGGGUUUUAGUAGCCUAAAUUAAACAGCAUUGAGGAAAGGCAGAGAACACUGUAGGGGGUGAUAAAGCCCAUAAAAGGUGUGUUGGUGAAGGUUCAAGUAGAAAAGAAUAAAGGAUCUAACGGAACAGGAGGAAAUAUGAAAAGAAAUGACUGAUAAAAUAAAAAGCCUGGAGCAUUGAUGAUGUAAAAAAAUUCGAUGAGAAUAAAAAAUAGAUAUGUCAAGAGUAGAUCAAAUGAGUGAAUAGUCGUGCUUCGAAAGGAAUAAAAAGACGUCCUAGGAUAAUGGGGACGGGAGCAGCCACUGUUUAUAGGUAAUUUAUUGUAUACGUGUAAGCAACGAUAAACCAUUGCUUACGAACAUCGAUUCUGAACAGAGUUCAGUUGUAAUGAUACUUUGUCAACAAUAUAUUUGUCAUAUUAUAGUAAAAUAAUUAAAUGGUCUCUAUAUAUUUUCGUUAAUAACAUGUGAUUAAUGUUGUACCGAUUUUCUCGGUUUCUCUGCGUUUUUCCUGAUUUUCCCAUAUUUUUUACCAAUUUUUCACACUUGCUGAAAAAACUCCGGAGAAAAUCGAAAAAAGGAUCUUUCUAAAGUACCUCCCCCGUAAAAUUUCCAUUUAUAAAAAUUGCUAUCAUUAAAAGUUGAAACUACAUUGCUGGUAGAAAAGUUGUCCAUAGAAAAUAAGAAGGUUAUAAUAUUUUUAGCUAAUGCCUACAUUUCUUAAAUUUUUCCGUUCUUUUUCGGUUUUUCGAAUUUAUUGAGAAAACUCCGGAGAAAAUUUAAGUAUGACCUCUCUUAUCUCUUAUGCGAUCUAACUAUCGAAAAAACUAGAUUAGUUGAAAGUAAUGAACGCUAGAAGUUUAAAAACAUGUUUUUCUCAAAUUGUAAAAAAAAUGACUAUUGGUUUUUUCCCUGUAGGUAUCCCUUCAUAUAUAUUAUUUACAUAUUACAUUUUAUCUAUAUUAUUCCAGACAGAAUUCCCGAUGAAAAGAAUUACAAAAAUGGUUCAAAAGAUAGACAUUCCUGGGAUGCGGACGAUAACAACGAAACAUAUGGAAACAAUGGUGGCACGUAUUCACACGAACACGGGCAUGUCAAAUUUGACACUCCGAAAGUUCCCGUAAUUUUCGUUCUAGGUAAGAAAUGAUUUAAUUCUAAAAGAGGUCGUCGUAUCGAAUGUUGUAACCGAAAUUAUUUGAUUAUGCAGGUGGACCUGGAAGUGGCAAGGUCACGCAUUGUGACAAUUUAAUGAUAGAAAAGAGAGGUAUUGUUCACAUCAAUAUGACCGAUUUACUACAACAGUAUACCGUUGGAAAUGGUAAGCAAUUGGUCAUAUAUAUUAUUUUGUAAUAUUGAAAACCAUAAAUAUUAAUCUAAAAAUAUUACGACUGAAAGUUCAACACUACAUAAUAGACCCGUCCAUGAUUUCAGCGAAUAUGAUAUAACUCGAAUUUUAUAUUAAUAUCUACUAAAUUAUGUUUCGAUAUAAACCUUUACAUAGUUAUAAAAUAGAAGAUUAUUUUUAUAUAUUUAAACUUUUACAUUUGUAUUAAUAACACAUUUUUCUAUGAGUUCUCGGUCAGAUUUUUUUUCGACCAGACGGAUUUUUUUGAAUUAUUUAGUUAUUUAACAUUUUUGAAAAUUUGUUUAAUUUUAUGUGGAUGAAAUUCUGAUGGUUCAUUUAAAUAAUGAAAAAUUUGGAACAAGAUUCAAAAUAAAGUUGUACCUAGUAGUAAAUCAUAAAGUUGAGUGUUAUGUCGUAAUUUAUUUUUAUAUUUUUAUUUUAUAUGUAUUUUAAGUUUAAUAGGUUCAACUUGUAAGCAUAUUUUUUAUUCAGCCAAACAAUUUAAAUCGAUAUUAAACCAAAUAAAAACUCUAAAAACUUGAAAUUGUCAAAUGUAUAACACAAAAAUCACAAAAAUGUUUAGAAAAAUCGAACAUAAAUAUUCUAUGCAAAUUUUAAGUAUUGAAAAGCAAAAUUAAAAAGAAUAAAAUAGUUAAUCUCGUAAACUUUCCCGUUUUUUUUUUUUUAAAUUUUUUUAGGCUUUCCUUAUUAUUAAGAAAACUACUUAAAAUAACUUUCUUUUAGGUUCCAAUUUAAUAAAAUUAUCCUUUAAAUCUGAUGUUUUUCUUGAAAUUCGGAUUAAGGUUACUCCAAGAAAAAUAAAAUUGAAAAUAUCAAAAAUAUUAAAACUAAGUUAAUCCGUUUAUCCUGAAAAAUCAGAAGAUAAUCUUAAUGUAUUAACUAGAUCCAAAAUGCUAUAAAAAAGCUUUUCUUGUCAUUUUUUGAUUAAUCAAUUUAUCUUGUUGUCCGGGUUAACUAACCGAAGGUUAACAAUGGAAUCAAUAUAUUUUUUAAAUGGUCAUACUGCAAAACAAUUAAUUGUUGUUAUUAUCAGUUAAUAUUAUUGCAUGUAUUUUACAUUCAUAUAAACGGAUUACCAUUUGCAAAAAUUAAUUUAUUAACUUUGAUUUACAAUCAUUUAUAACAUAACAACAUACAAAUUGUACCUAUAAAUAUUGUGUAUCAUUAUAUAUAAAUUACAUAUAUAUAUAUAUAAUAUAUGUAAUUAUUAUGUACAUUGAAAUAUUGAUAUAUGUAAAUUACCAAAAAGGGUAAGAAAAUUUUUAAGAAACAACACAUCAUUCGAAAAUUCCUCAUACACGAUCCGUUUUAUUUCAACAGUCCAAAGUACCGAUACGUCCUAUUGUGUUUGUACCUAAAAUUAAUAGAAAAUCUAAUUCUAGCUAUAGCAAGUAUAAUGAUAGUCUGUUCUUUAGUGUUAAAAACUACUGAAAAAACUGUGGCAAUAGGCUGUAAUCACAUAUUUUCAGUUAAGCAAAUUUCUAGUUUUGAACUAGACUUUAGUUGAUUGUUCCAUUUCGGGGUUUGCAUUUUGCAGAAAUUAAAAUGCUUAAGUAAAAAAGUGAAGUGAUGAGAGAAGAUAGGAUAAGCAACGAAUACAUAAAAAAAUAGCUCAGGUGUAGUUUCGAUAGUAAACAAAAUGAGAGAAAAUAGACUGAGAAUGUUUGGGCAAAUCAUGAAAAGGGAGGAAUCAUUAGCAGUAAAAACUAUUUUGAAAAUAAACAUUGUUAUCAUUAUAAAUUAAAGCAAAAUUACUGGUAGAAAAGUUGUCUGCAAGAAAAAAAACGCCGUAAUAUUUUAAACUAAUACCUACAUUUCUUACAUUUUCACGUUUUUCCUCAGUUUUUUUGACGGUUUUUCAUGUUUGAUGAGCAAACUCUUGAGAAAAUAGAAAAAUUUCAUCGCAAAUACCUCUCCACAUCGAUUUACUUUCAAAAAAGGUGCUACACGUAAAAAUUUGAGCAAGUUCUCUAGUAGAAAAGUACUCCUAAGAAAAAAAAACAUAAAAAUAAACAUCUUUGUAAAACCAUAAGCUCUUCGCUUCACUCAGAAUUUAAAAUGUAAAAUAACAGAAUUAGGUAUAAUGAAAUACUUGCGUUUACUGAAUAUAUGUAUUUAAUAGUUUCCUUUCACUUAAACAAUUUGAAUUACAGAUAUGACAAAGUGCUAGAUAGAGUAGCAGAUACAGUAGCAGUCUUGUAAUGUAUUUGAGUAAAUGUAUUUAAAUACUUUUGUAGUAUUUAUAUCACUUGUUAAAUACUUUUUGAAUUCAGUAUUUGAAAUUCUUUCCAAAUACUGUCUUAAACCUAUUUAUAUUUGCAUUUCAUAUACUUUUAUGUAAAUACUUUUCUAAAUUCAAAAGAAUAGAUUAUUCAUCGAUUAUAUAUUAUAUUAGAUUGGUUUUUGAAAAAUUUUGGGAACGCCCAUUACAAAUGUCUCGUUAUAACUAUAGAUAGUAAUACUGGUAAUAUGUACUUAAAUAUUUGAAUUUUAGAUUAUAAAUCUCAAAACUAAUUUUGCAAACCUACUAAUAUAAACUAUUAGGUAUGUAAAAUUAAAAAGUAUUUAAAUACAUUCCAAGUACUUGGAUUUUUUCUUAAAUACCUUUUGAGUGGAUGAAUUUGUAUUUGUAUUUAAAUACAGUUUUAAAGUAUUUUUUACAAGACUGCUCAGUGGCUAUUUUUCUGACUUUAUUACAUGAACUUGUAGUAGUGAACUAAUUAGUUUUUGUUUAGUCAACAUAAGCCUAUUUUAAAAAACUUGAAGAGAGGGGGUUGAACCCCGAAAAAUCCCAAUAUAUGCGGGCUUGAUCUAGAUAUUAUAAUACAUUUUAACGAAACCGUAACACAAAAAAAUAUACGAAGUGAUCAAUCUAUCAUAAAACACACAUUAUUUCGGAAAGUGUUAACUUUUUUCGAAAUUUGUUUUAAAGAAAAUUUAAGAAACGAGCUGUUUGAAAAUUUAACAUUUACAUUAUUUUUUGUCAUCCUAAUUUUUUACUGUGAAACGACUACCUACUUUUUAUUUUCAAAUGGAAACAUAUAUUAAAUAUUUUAUAAAUAGAUGGAGUAAUAGUUAAAAUAAAUAUUGGUUUUUAAAUUUUUGAUUUUCGUCAAUCAGUUGACGAGGUUUUUCUCUUUUAAGUUUGGGUCAGGGGAGAGUAGUGGAACAUCAUUUGUGUAGCGGCACAACGCACGACGUUUCAAGAACGUAAGAACGUACCACUACUCUUCCCUGAUCAAAACUUAAAAGUUGAAUACCUCGUCAACGGAUUGACAGAAAUAAUAAUAAAAUAAAACACCAAAAUGUAUUUUAACUACUACUUCAUAUAUUUAUGGAAAUUUUAAUAUGGGUCGCUAUUUGAAAAUCAAAAGUAAAUAGUGCUUUUACCAGCAAAAAUUAGGAUGACAAAAUAUAACGUAAAUAUAAAAUUUCAGAGCUGCUUGUUUCUUAAAUUAUCUAUAAAAUAAAUGUCGAAAAAACCGUCGUAUAUAAGAAUCAAUUUUACUGUCCGUUAAAUUUCAGUUUCAACCGCUGAGUACUAGUUAACACUAACCGAGCCUUAACUUGAGCUAACCAGACUUGGCUUAACCAAGAGUUGAUAAACUACGGUCUAAUUGGGGGAUAGCGUUGACCGUCAGUUAAGUCCUGUUAACUGUCACUUAUAAGCAAUCGAAAACCCGACCCUUAAACUUGUUAAAUUUAAUAAAUAAUAAAAGUCUUUAUCAUUAAUAUAAUAAUUAUAAUAUGUCCCUCCUAGAUUAAUCAAAAUUCGUUUUUCGGCUACUAAUUCACUCAAAUAUUACAAAUGGGUAAUUGGUGGCCAGAACCCUCCCACGUAAAUAAUCUAUACCUGCGUCUCACCUCUGUGUGUACUUUUGGGUAGGUAUAUAAUAUUAUUUACAUAUAAUAAUAAUAAUAAUAAUAAAUGAAUAGAAUUGCAGUUAUUAUAGUACCAUCAAAUGUUAUACGUUUCCUAUACGUUUACAACGGCCAGUUAUACCGCAUUUACAGACCGCCUCGUCAUGAAUAUAAUGAUGUCGGUGAUGUGCGUGCCAUUUGUCGUCCCUGACCUAUUACAUAGAUAAUACUAAAAAGUGAAUUGAGAACAGCAUUGGUAUGCGUACAGCCUUGGUAUGCGCUUAGCUAAAUUGGCGGUAAAUGAAACCCGCGUAUUUAUUUACCUGAUACAUAUUAUGUUUACCGUAGGUCUGCAACCCUUUUUUCAUUCCGACCAAAUAUAAUAACGUUUGAGCCUGGUUCCCGUAUACCGAGUGAUCUGUUUAUAACAAACCAUUGAUUUUCUCGGAGAAUUUUAAGUGAAAUCCAUUUCCGUUAAAAAUAUUUAUUUUUUUCAAUCAUUUAAGCUUUAUUUUAACACUGUUUUCAAUUGUUUACCUCUACUCCUUAUGCCUUAAAUGAAUAUAGGCUUUGUUUUUUCAAAUAGCCACCCUCUCUUCCCCUAUCCGUUUUAAAAACAGAUCGGAAUAGAUAAUAUUUGUCACUGCGUAACACUAUUAUCGAAUUUCAUGUUUAACAAGUUAUAAAAGUUUAAAGUUCAGACCGGCGGAGAGUAGGGAAGGAUUAAUAGCGCGAUUCAGUGGGGCACAUCAAGGAUUGUCCUGCUUCCAUAGGUUUUUCUAUACAUAUUAAAAUAUUUUAAAUUAUAAUGCGAUAAUGUAUAAUAGAGGAACCUAAGACAAAAUCCCGCAGCCAAAGUACCGCCGGUUGAAAUCCCGCCAAAACGGAAAAAAGUAUUAAACUAUUUUGUACAUAUUUUUUUUCAAAUUCCAUAGUAACUUUUCCUUCACGCUUUACCAGGCUUAGGUCUGGCCAAUAGUGAACUUUAAAAAGUUGUUUUGGAGGUUUACAUUUUUUAUUUUUACUAUCUUAUAGUUAUUAAUUUAUUAUCACAGUUCCAUAUAAUAUGGCCCUUGUCAUUUGACUAAUUUACUAAUUUUACUAAUUUCUAACACUAUUUACUAUUUCAAAUAUUAAAUUGCAAAUUAUGAGCAAUACCACGUAGGUAGUCGAGAGUUUGUGUCUCUUGGAAUUUAAAACAAAUAAACUCUGUUCUUGCAUUUAAAAGUUGAUAACGUUUCUUCUGAGACACAUUUUCCUUCCUUUGAAUAAAACCUUCUAUCUUCACCCUCGUCAGAUUUUCGUCUUAUUUGAAUGCAUUAAUUACUUUCUAAAUAGAAGGAUGCGUAGCAUACAAGAGUGAGCAUAAAGUAUUGUGCCAUCCUUCAACACCAUUAUUUGUUCGAGGGAGAUCUGCAGAUACAUUAAUGAGACAAUUGUACAUAAAAAAAGGAAACAAAGGACUGCGCCGUAGUCCAUGCCUAUCUAGUCGCCUCAGUCACGUGUUCUCAAAAUAAUUGAGAAGAGGAGCAAAUUUUGACUCAGUAUUUUCGUAAAAUUCACUCUCAAUCAAAGUUUUGAACGCUUUCUCCACAUCCUACUCUGGAAUAAACGCAAGAGCUGCUAUUUGACAAAUUCCCAGUGCAAAUUCUGCGUCGUUCAUAUAUCACUGUUGUAAAUAUGAAGAUUGAAUGUAACACCAUAUUGACUGGAAAAAAUGAAAAAAACAGCCUCUUACCAGACAUCCCGGAAAAACUUCAUUGACAGAUUUUUGAACUGCUUGCUCGAAGUCUAUUAUAAAUAUACUAGGUUUCAAUGAAUGUUGAAUUUAGUAUUUUCAAUACUGUCGGAAAUUUUAUGUAAGUAGUCUAGGUUUUAUCAGGCAGCAGUGCACAGAUAAACAAGAGGUAUGCAGAUGGAAAAUUUAGCUCCAUGAGUAGUACAAAUUUGUGAGAAUAGUGGAGGGGAAGAGGAGAAUAUUCCGUCAACAUACUAAUGACCGUACGUCGCGAGGAGUUCUGAAUUUGUUUUAGUAGAUAAAAUUAGUAAUUUUUAAGAAUCUUCCUUAUACUAUCAUAUAACAUAAACGGCUUUUUGUCCACUGUGAGUAAACAUUUUUCUGGUAUUAUUAAAUCCUCCAGGGAAGACGGAUUAGAGGGGGAAGAUUCUAAGCAUAACCUGUAUCGUCGAGUAUUGCGUUUUAAAGAACUGAUGCUAGGCAAUACACUAGACACUGCUGGUGUAAUGUCUUGACAAACUUUUGUGACAACAGCAUGAAUUGAUAUAUGAUGAUCAUAUAUCCAUAGAUAACUGUUUGAGUUUAGAAAUAAUUUGCUUACCACUAAUUUUGGCUAGAUCCGGUGUGUGGGAAUGCAUAUUUAAAACUUUCGUUAUUUCUUUACCAUUAGUGUAAACUCUCACACAACACUAAUAGAUAAUACUAGACAAUUAUAUUAUACGAGCUUAUAACGGUGCAUUGAAAAUUAAGAUUAAAUUAUUUAAAUUUUCGGUUUAUUUAGUAACCGGUAAUGGUAUGAGGGGCGAAGAAUGUUUGGACCAGGAACGUUUGGGCCACUAAUAAAACUGCGAUCCGUUUGGAACAGGAUUUAGUGAAUCCGUUUGGACCAAUACUUUUAAAUUUCUAUAAAGGUUCACUAAACAAACGUUCAAUUAAACUACGAAAACUUAUUUUUAAAUUAAGUAAUAAGUCAAUUAUUUCGAUACACAUACAAUUUCUGUGUAUCAAUUUAGUUUUAAAACAUACCAAAAAUCCAGUUAUAUUAAAUAUAUACCUAUAUCUAUUAUCGUUAUAUAAUAGAUAUCUGUGUAUCAAGGUCUUAUACACGAUAAGACAACACAGAUAAAUUACUACUAUUUAAAGGCUCGAUAAAUAAACGUUCAAUUAAAAAAUGCUGGUCUAAACGGGCUGUAUAAAAUUAGUAUUAUUUAGUCAAACGGGUUUUCAAAAUUGGUCAAAACGGGUUGUGUUUCAGAAAAAUUUAUCCAAAUGGGUCCUGCUCAAACAAACACGUUGGUUAGGUUAGGUAUACAAAACGCGAAAGCGUAUUUUUAAAUUAUCGUGCUGAAUAUUCUAUCGUUUUAGAUAUGGAAGACUUCAGCAAACUAUCCAGUGUAACAGUGACUGAAGUGUUGAUGUUGGAAAUUAAAAUGUCACCGGCGGCCAAGACUUUUUUAAUCUCGGGAUACCCUCGAAAUAUGCGUGAUGUGGUCGAAUACACAACCAAGGUAAGGGUAUUGUUAUUAUUGUUAUUAUAAAUACCUACCAAUAUUUUCAAAAGGGUUCAUUCCCAUAUCUAGUAGAAAAGUUGUCCACAGAAAAAAAAAACAUCUUUGUAAAACCAUAAGCUUCUUCGCUCCACUCAGAAUCUAAAAACAUCAUUUUACAAACUUAAGCUUCUUCGUUCCAUUCAGAAUCUAAAAUAUAACUUUCAAUAAAAUGUUUUUUAAUUGUAUCUAAUUAUAAAUCGAUGUAUAUAAUAUCAAUUGUAUAACCAGUGGCAGCCUAAAAUGUAGAUAAGCAAAAAAAAAGAAAGGUCACCAAAAAAAAGUACUAUAUUUUAGUAAUAUCUCCCUCCCCAGAAAAAUUGUCUGAAUUCAACGCUGAGUGGUUUAUGGUAGCUAUAUUUUUAGUCGAAUUACAGGUGGUAGCGCGCCUAAUUAAUAAGUUAAAGUCUGGAAAUUAAAAUUAUUACGCGUUAUAGUAAUUUGUUUUCUUUUUAACUACCGUCAAGAAAUAUGUGUUUUAAAAUUGUGAAAACAAAAUUUGGUGUCUUCGUUCCGCUAUUUAUAAUUAUAUAUUUAAGCAAUCUAUACAAUGUAAUAACAAUAUUAUGAUGUUAUAAGUUAUAACGUCAAAUAAAUAAUUAGGUAUUAGUGUAAUACUCACCAGAACAUAAUAAUUCGUGACUACUAGUAAGAUGUAGGAUAAUAUAAUAUUACUAACGCAAUAUUAAAUAAUAUCAAUAAAAAUUGAGAACAUUUAUCUAACGACAUUUAUACAGAUCAAAGUUGUAAACGGAGUCAUUCUUAUAUCGUGGAACCAGAAUGUAUUGGAACGUCAAAUCGAUUACGGUGCCAAAUUGGGACACGUUGUCUUAAGCCUAGCUAGAAUGGAGUUGAAUAAUUUCUACAAAAAUGUAACACCUGUAUCGGACUUCUAUGACCAGAGAUCGAUGCUUAUAUCGGUUAGUGAUGAUUUUUUUUUUUAUAAUUAUAUACAAAAGUAUAUAUACAGGGUAUACCAAAAAAGACUGCCUAAUUCUAAAAUUGAAUAUUUUAUGUGUAGCUAUAAGAAUAGGUUUUUUGGUUUUUUUGCUGUUAAAACUUUGGUCUUAUUGGUUUUAUUUGUAAAAUACCCAUACAAAAUAAAAAAAAAACCAUAGCAUAGAAUUUCUUACAAACAUUUUUUUACAAAAUAAGGGGACUUGGUUUUUUCCAAAAAUAAUUAUUAUCACCGCUAUUUUUGGCUUAUCGUGUCCAAAAUCGUAAUUUAACCGCAUUAGUUAUUCACUCACUAAGCUGAUCCCGACUAGUCAUGUCUCGAUCAUAAACUUGCUCCUUCAUUUACCCCCAUAGAAAAAAGUCACACGGGUUGAAGUCAGGACUUCGAGGUGACCAUAUUAUAUCUGGAUGAAUUAUAGCAUUAUUGAUCGUACUUCUUCCAAUAAUACGACUGGGAAAUAUAUAAUGGAGUUGCUCUCUGACCGCUAUCUUGAGAUGAGGUGGGACACCAUCUAACAUAAACCACAUUUUCAUAUGCUCCUGUUCUUGCUGAAAUACACCGACAGCUAGUUUCGAGAUCUGCAUGAAAAAGAUUAAGAACUCUCUCCUCAUUUCGGACAUCACGAGCACGUCCGUCGUCUUCCUCCCUCCCAUUAGGAUUUACUGGUACAACUGACCCGACAUCAAACAACAAAAUAAUUUGAGUUGCAAUUAAAUUAUAAUGUUGGAGUAAGACAAUGCACACAUUAUGAAUUAUAUAUUAUAACUUCAUUACUGUUUGGAUAAAUUUAAAAAAAAUAACGUACCUCUUUCUCUUAAUCUUUGAAAUACAUCAGUGAAGGUUUUUCGAUUAGGUUGCUGACGGUUUGUAAAACUUUCAGCCCAUAAUCAAAUUGCCUCAGCACCAAUGCCAUAAGCUGCAUUUAAUAAUAGAUGUAGGUAUUCAGAAUGACAUAACAUUUUUGUAUUUUUUGAAAUAAAACCCAUAUCGGCGUAUUCAACAAACGUGUACACCAUUAUUAAAUAAAAAUGUGGGAAAAAAAUUAAACUCACAAGUAGCUUAUUGGCGUACCAUUUAACAUAACGUACCAAUCGAUAUGUGUUCAGUGUGGAGUCUCAAACUUAAAUACCAUAAUCAAUAAGAUAAAAAUAACAACUAAUAAUAACAAUGAUAAAGUAGUACACACAGAUUUAAUAUAGAAUACUAUUACUAUUUGAUGACGGAAAUUUUGUAGAUAGUGGAUUUUCAUUUUUGUAGUAUUAUUGGCAUUGUUAUUAUAACAAUUUGUAUGUCAUCGAAAAUGUUAGAAGGUCAUUCCAUAAACAACUUCUAAAAUGUAUUGAAUUUGACGGAAGUCACGUUGAACAGUUACAGUAAAUAAUUUGUUUAUUAUUACCUAAUAAUAAUUAAUAAUAAAAAAACGGAAUUUAUGUAUUUUUUUUUUUAUGUUUUUUUACAGUCAAAUUAGUCGUAUUUUUCUGUUAGGAUCAUUAGAUCAACACUUAAAUAUAAAAUAAUUUAUUCCAUUUAAAUCCCUGGCGAAUGAACAUACAAAUUCAUGUGCCACACCAAAAUUACGAUUUUGGUCAUUAUAAGCCAAAAAAAUUGAUGAUAAUAUAGUAACUCCUUAUUUUUUAAAAAAAUUCUACAACAAAUUCUAUGGUAUGGUUUAUUUUUAUUUUGUAUGAGUAUUUUACAAAUAAAACCUGUAAAAUUAAAGUUUUGACAAUAAAAAACAAAUUCCAAAAAAACUUAUUGUUAUAGCCACAUAAUAUAGAGUAACAAACCGGAGAGUUGGCCAGUCUUUUCUAGUCAACCUAUAUAAUAAAAUUAUGCCUAGUGUACACUCUGAUCGUGUUAGCAUAGGUCAAGCGAUAUUUCCGAAUGAUCAAAUAACUAUAACAGUUUUUAUGUUUGUAAAAUAUAUGCCUAGUGUACCUACUUAUAAUUCAUUGUACAAAGUUAUUAACAGUAGAUCAAUAAUUAUGAUCCGUUUAUUUUUUUUACCACAAACACUCUUAUAAUAAUUAUAUAUCAGUGUUAUAUAGGUGGGGAGGGUCGGUUAAGUAUAAGACAUACAUUUAACCGAUCGUAAUGAUAAAUCAUUGAAAAUAUAAUACUGCUAUUUUGAGUUCUGAUUUACUAAAAUUGUGUUUAAUUCAAUUUAUUUUUCAACUAAGUAGUUAAAUACUCUAUACGAAUAAAAGGCAUUGUUUGUCUGUCUGUCUGUUCACGACCAACAGCUAAAUCUAUCACAGAAAUCUGAAAAUUUACGUACGAAAGCUGAUGAAAGAGUCCGUGUUCAUUUCAAAGCCAAAUUUCCGAAAUUUAACCCCUAAAAGAAUUCAUCCACACAGUGUUUUUGUAAUUUUUAGAACAAACAUCUAAUUAUUAUUGUUGACUCAUGAAUAACAAUAACACGGAUAAACGAUGACACUUGAUGGCACGGAUGAACAAAAAAAAGAAAAAUUGAUAAUGCUAAUGACUGUGUCAUUGUUUUUAGUAGGGAAGUUAUAAGGGAGAACAUAUAGAGUAAUUUAAUUUAUAUCUGUGUGCAACGACAAACUUUGCUAUCGAAAAACGAUUCCGAGCACGUAAAGUUUUAUUGGUUGUAUUUUCUUUGUUGUUAAUAAGAUACCUAAUCCAGAAAUCGACAAAACUUAUACAAAAAAAUUGCCAGUUUUUCCGAUUUAUUAAGAAUUAUACGGAAAAAUCGAGUUGCCUACCCAAUAUACCAACCAAAUCAAAAACGCUACAAGAAAAUGUCCAUUGUUUUAUUGGCAAACGUUUUCUGGAAAAAAUGUAUUUACCGACACAAAAAAAAAAACCAAUUCAUUCCUCGUUAGUUCAUAAUCCAAAACAUUUAUUAUAAAGAAGACACGAAAAAACACGAGAAGACACAUUUUUAACUUUUUUUUUUUUCGUUGGACCAUCAUUAGUAACAUAACUUAAGGUCGGUUAAAUUAUAAAUAGUAUUUAAUAAUGGUUUAAAGGUGAAGGAAAUAAUUAGACAUGUUUAUUAAUAUAAUUAAAGAUAGAGAAAAUACAGUAAAACUAGUAUUAACUAAUUAGAUCGUGUAGACGACCGUGUUUUAGGCGUCUUUGUGGUGGCAGAUGUAUAUGUAAGUUGAAGUGAAGUGAGCCUGUUGAGUUGUGAAGAGAGCUAUGGAAACUUACAACCAGGGCACGUAUUGUUAAGAUUUGAAGGUUUUUAUGAAGAUUUACGUUCCUUAUGAACCAUGUUGCGUUUGUUAUAAUUCUUAAUAUUUUAUUUUGGAAGAUUUCGACUUUUUUGACAUGUGACGUUGAACAGGUACCCCAUAUAGGACAAGCGUAAGUAAAUAUUGGUCAUAGUAGUUGCUUGUAAAUUAAUAUAGAACAUUUGUUAUGUAUAACUGAAUUUUUGUUUAGUAUAGGAAAUAACAUAGAGAGGCACUGGUAUGCUUAUUGAAGUUUUGACGAUAUAUGUGGUCACCAGGUAAGCAUCUUGUCUAAUGUAACACCAAGGUAUUUGACGUACAAUUGUACAAUUAUCAAAUUUUAAAGGUAACGGAAUGAAGUAACGACAUAGGCUAAAAAUUACGCCUACGGUUUUUGAAGCGUUGAAUUGAAUUUGCCAGUUUUUCACCAUUUUGAUAUUAUAUUACGGUGGCCUUGAAGGUUGUAAAGUAAUCGUAAAGAUAUUACGAGAUUCAUGAUAGAUUUUUGUAUCAUAUGUGAAAAGGGCAAUAAUAGUACGUAGUGGCUCCGUUAUAACAGAUGUAAAAAUAUUGAAUAAGAUAGAUCCCAGUUUAGAGCCUUAGGGUACGCCAUCAGAGAUAAAUCGGAAUUCAGAAGUAUUGUAAUUUAUUUUAACCAUUUAACCACCGAAAAUUGUCUAUUAGAUAGAAAGGAGUUGAUGAUAUUAAAUAGGUAUUUUGAAGUAUUAAUGGUUCUUAACUUGUAUAAAAGGCCUUCGUGCCAUACUCUGUCGAACGCUUUAGAAACGUCUAUAAAAACAGCCCCUGCAUAGCAGUGCUUUUCAAAUAAAGUACUUCAAACGAAAAAGCUGUUGGACUGUCGAAUGAUUUAUUCUAAACCUGAACUGAAAUUUCGGUAUAACAUCUGUGCUAUUUUAGUCAUUUUUAGUUUCGUACGAAUAACUUUUUUAAAUAUUUUCGAUAAGGAGAAUAAUAGACUUAUUGGUCUAUAUCAGGAUUUUUUUUUACCCUUACCAGAUUUUUAUAUUAGGACAACUGUUGCUUUUUUCCAAUUGAGCGGUAAGCGUCCAAAUCGUAACAAACAAUUAAACAAUGAAGUCAUAAAGACGAGUUCUUUUACUGAAAGUUUCUUAAACAUAAGAUUCGUAAUGACCGGAGCUUUUUCAUUUUAUUGAUAAGAAUUUGAUAAAUUUUUUAAUUUCAUUUGUGUUGAUCCAUACGUUUUUGGAUCUAAUAAACUGGUAGCUUUAAUAAAUUUAAAAGCCGUCGUUCGUUGUGUAUAUCAAUAAUUCAGUAAUUUGGUUUGAAGAAAAUGUAUAGCAUAACAUUUCUGAAAAAUCGUUACAUUUGUCCUCGUCAAUUAUCGCUAGAUUAUUGGGUGUAUGGAAGGGAGAAAUUAUGUUUAUCUUUUGAUUCAAAAGUCUUUUGGUCGCCUUCCAUAAGUUUGAAUCUCCCAGGUACAUAUUUACCAAGUAGUUAUUAUAGGACGGCACACGGUUGUUAUAUAAAGCUAUUUUCACUUCUUUAGUAAAUUUAUUUAAUAUUUUUUUAUUUGCCAUAGUCCUUUAGUUUUGCCGAAUGGGUCUAACGUGAUGUUUACAUUUAAUUAAGGAUAUAUUGUGGUAACAUGCCGAUGUAUGAAGGAUUAUGAGGUGGUACAAGAGCACGCUCUCACGGCGUCUGCAAUUACUACGAUAAGGUGUUCGGACAUUUAUCGUUUUAGAUUUGGUUUAAAACAUUCAAUACCGUGUGUCCGUGGAAACAAAGUCCACUUUACAACUCAUUACCCUGUAAAUAUUUUUUAAUUCUGUUUUCGGGACAUUAAACUAGUGACUAAUGAAUCUUCAAUAACUAUGACUUACAAUUUGUUUAACUCUGGAAUUGUUAACGCAAAAUUGGCUAAACUAAAAUAAACCUAACCGAAUACAUUUGUUUCAUCUAAACACCAUGAUGCAAUCAAAAUUAUUAAUAAUUAGUUAAAGUAAUUAAUGAAGUAUGAUACUAUAAUUAGUUCAGUUAAAAAAAAAUCAAAUUUAUACAUUUUUUAAAAAAAAUUACACUUAUCUCUAGUUUAACAAAUUUCGGGUUUAGAAUACAGGUUGAUAAGUGAAAAUUUAUUGAAAAAACCCAUAAAUCCGAAAAUGUUAUUCAAAAUAUGUGUUAUCGGUUAAAAAAAAAAUGAAGUUUUGUUGCGCAUACGUAAAAUACAAUAGUUUGAAAAAAUUCUAAGUCGUCAGAAUUCAAUAUCUUUUAGUCUAAUUUGGUAUCCCGAAAACAGAAUUUAAAAAUAUUUACAGGGUAAUAAGUGUUGAAGUGGACCUUGUUUCCGCGGACACACGGUAAAUAGAUGCUUAAACAUUCGGAAAAAUGACACGGCCAACGAUCAGUCUGUGCAUUAACUUGUGCAACAUAAAAUUUACCUGUUUGCCCCUCCCCCCUCUUUUCUUAAGGUUAACGGUGAGCGAAAUCCGACUGAAGUCUACAACGAUUUUCGUUCUUCGGUGUUACAAAUACUGAGUGCCCACCGGACACCCGUACCCGUCACGGUACCCAAUGGCAACGCCGUGCCGGUGCCUCCCUUGAAGGGUGAUGAUGUCGAACACUUGGACGGCAGUGGUGUCGAACACUUGGACGACGACGGUGUUGAACACUUAGACGGCGACGGUGUCGAACGUCCAGGUGACGAUGGCGCUGAACGGCGACCUGCCGACCGGGAUGCCAAACGACAGCGCGCCGAUAGGGAUACCGAACCGCGGCCCGCCGACCGGGAUGCUGAACGACGUCCCGCCGACCGCGGUGCCAAACGGCGGGCCGGGGACAUGGCCGCAGUGCACACACCUGUCUCGAAAACUGGAGACAAUGAGUCGCGGCCAACAAAAUACCCGACCGUCGUUUGUGUAGUAGGUGAGUGCAUUAAAAAAUAUAUAUUUUGAUGUGAACGUUUAGCAGUACAUUAUACAAUUACUUUACCUUUGGUAUGUUAUCCAGUAAUCCAGAGCCGUAGCUUCUAGCCAGGAGGGUCACUGGGGACACUUGCCUUCAGUGCCUUCCGGAAUUAUUAGUUUUGGGUUAUUUAGGUUAUUUCGUCUUCGUCUUCGUCUUCUUCUUCAAUGGCAUUUAAAACUCUAUUAGGGCCUUUUCCGCCAUCACUACUGCCCUUAAUUUCUCUCAAUCCUAAACAAUUUCCUUCUAUUCUUGCAUUCCCAGAGCUUUAAGAUUCUCUUUUACUAUGUCUAGCCACCUCUUCCUCAUUCUGCCUCAAGGUCUAUUCCCUUCCGGUUUCCAUUCCAUGAAUGCUCCGAUUGUUUCCUCUUCACUUCUUCUCAUAAUACGACCUCGCCACUGUAUUAUUCGCCCUUUUAUAUAAGUACUGACUGAUACUAAGCUCAGAUCUUUCUAAAGUUCCUUGUUUAACUUCCUUCUAUGUUCAUUAUGACUUCCUUCCAACUACUUGGCAUUUUCUGGAUAAAUACAAUAAACGCGAUUAGGUUAAAUUAUGAGACGUACAAGCCGAUGAGACAAAUGAUUAUAAAAAUGAUCCGUCAUUAUCCAGAGUAUAAUGUUCUCUUAAGACCUCUACUGGAUUCUAACAUGCGCCAGUCCUGUAAAGGCUAAUAAAUUCGAAAUCACGAUCUUAAACAUCUACCUUCCGAUUUCCGUAUCUUAAAGUAAAACCGUUUCACUUUGUCCUAUAGGCAUAUUUUAUGAUAAUAACAUAAUAAUAGCUAGGCUUUUUCUAAGACAAGGCUAAACUGUAUGCUAAACCCCCAACCUAUAGAGCCAGAUCACACUGACCACCUAAGACCAGCGCGGGGCUAUUGCAAUGUACACUGUGUGCAUUGGGCUAUGGGCGUGCCACUCUCUCUCUGAGUCUAGGUCAUUUCAAUGUAUUAUGUUAUCAUGUAAAAAAUUGUGGUAAUAAACUUAAUUGCACAAUUCAGUAACAUAAAUAUUGAAUUCCUCAGUAAUUAUAUCGUAAAUAUAAAAUAAACACAUUUAGUAAAAUUAAAAUCAUACUAAAUAAUAUAAGUCAAUGAACGCGAAAGGAUUGAAGAGACUGAUAAGAACAAUAGCAUACAAACAAUAGUUAAGAUUAGAUAGCAAUAUGUCAACACGGCGUGUUGUAACCAAGGGAGCUAUAUAACUACGUUUCCAGUUAUGGUUUAACGAUUUCUACACUGAGCCAUAAUAUUUAAACGUAUUUAAAGUGGAGCACUAAAUAUGUCAGAAAAUAGACUCGGUAUCCCAGUGGUUUAGCCAUGGCUCAUAUAAAUAAAAAAAGACGUUAAUAAAACUAUUGUAAGCAGUACCUUUGUUCAGUAUCCACCUAUAGGAAAUUCUAUGCAGUCAUGCAGCUGUCAGAAGGGUAUCAUAAUUAUAGUUACAAGAAUCCCCUAGUCCCUAGACAUUAUACAUAUUAUAUUCUCAGAAAUACAUAUUAUAUUCAUCAAUUUUUUUUAUAGUAGUACAUUGGUGAAAUCACUUUUCUCCAUUUUUUGGGAAUACAAUCAACCCCCUAAAACCUCUACCUAUGUCCAUAAUUCAAACAAAAACGUUCUCAGCAAACCCCCCCCCCCUCUUUUCCUAAAUUCAAAAUCCUAACCAAUGCAUCAACAUAUCAUUCUAAACAAAAAUAAUAGUUAUUAUAAUACAAAUAAUCAGUGCCCUUCUCCCCCUGUAAAAACCUUCAAAUUUAGACGUGUUUUACCACCUAAUAUAAUACAAAUCAAGUUAAUAUUAUUACAGGUGGUCCAGGUAGCAAUAAGAGUUCAUUGUGCCAAAAAGUACUUAUGGCAAAUACCAGUUGGGCACACGUGAGCAUGGGGCCGAUUCUCAGGUCACUGGCAUCGUCUCAAGAAACGCUACAAGCAAAAAUUAGCAGCGGACAGAUCGUUGAAGAAGUAAGCGAUAAUAUAAUAUGGCGUUUAAACUAAAGUCGGUAUUGUGAUUUUUUUUGAUUUUUAUUCAUCAACAGUCAAUAGUUCAUGAAAUAUUAGACGCCGAAAUGUUCAAAUACAAAAACGCAGAAGGUAUCUUAAUGGACGGUUAUCCAAGAACUGUUGGACAGCUCAACUAUUUUGAAAAAAAGGUAAAAAAUAUAAUGUAUAUUGUAUACAUUUUGACGGUUUUACAUAAUAAUCCAAAAAUUGAUGAAAAAAAAAACCGAAUAUACUUCGUAUGAUGGAUCGGCCACUUUUAUAGACGAGAAGUUGAGAAAGUAGAAGAUAAAUUAAAUGUAUAAUAUCUGUACGGAUUGAAUUAUCUAUUGUAUAUCGGAUUUAAUUUGCUAACGAAAAACCAUUCUGAACAGAGUUCAGUUAUACAUGUUUUAAAAGGCCGUAAUAUUUACGACUUAAAAAUAAUACAUUUCAUACAUAUUCCCGGUUUUUACCAAUUAUUAUGAAAACUCUUGGGAAAAUCGAAAAAUGACUCCCCUUCUUAGUCAAAUUUCCUUUCAGAAAAAGUGCUACACAUGAAAAUCAAAACAAAAUUCCAUGUAGAAAAGUUGUUUACAGAAAAAAAAAUUAAUUAAGUACUAUUGUAAAACCAAUACAUUCUUCGUUCCACUUAGAAUCUAAAAAUUGGAUAGGUAGGAUGGUCAAAAAAUACAACCAUACAGGGUGAUUAACUAAGUAAUUACAAUAAAAGGGAUUAAUUUAAAAUUAUUUAACUUUAGAAUCAUAUAAUGAUUAACCAUGAUUGGUUUAGUGUUGCUUUGUCAACAAUAUAUUUAUCAUUGUGUCAAAUGUGAAAAUAAUUACAUAAUAUGCAUAAUAGCAAUAUUUGAUUAAUAUUGUAUUAUUUUUCCGUUUUUACCAUACUUUUUACAUUUAUUAGGGAAAAUCCCGGAAAAUCAAAAAAAUGACCUCCUUAAAGUACCAUAUGGACAAAAUUUCAUCCCAAAAAAGGUGCUACACUUAAUACAUCGGAACAAGAUUUCUGGUACAAAAGUUUGCAAAACAAAUUGAGGGGUAUUUUUCAAUUAAAAUACACUGAGCGAGCGACGGCUUGGGUCUCUAGGUGCACCCAAAAUGCAAUUGCUAUUUCCCUAUUUAGGUAAUAGGGAUAAAAUAGUUUUGGAGCUAUUGACUAGAGCUAAGAGCUAUUUUAUUUUUAGUUUUACACAAUAGUAUCCCAAAAUUAAGUUUAUUAAAAUGGAUUACUUCAAUAAUAUAAUAAUUUUAAAUUUUAAAAUUUAAAUCACUCAAAAGUUAUAAGAUAAUUUUACAGCUAAAGCAUUAGUUAUGUUCCAAUUAUAUCUUAAUUGAACUAACUAUAUAAUGGGAUAUUAACAAAUACGUGCCCAAGGCAUAAUGAUUAGGCAUAAUCCGGCCCUAAUGACUAAAACGUAACUGUACCCGUUUUCAUAAAAACUAUCCAAUUAUCACUCACGUUCACGUUGUGUAAAUAAUAUCGCAUUUUCGAUUUGUUUAUAUUAGUAUGCUCAACGGCCUAAGUUGAUACUGUUGGAUUGCUCAAAGUUACAGUUGGGUCGCGGAAGGCUGGACGAUAGUGUGUCGGCGUUCCGCCGGCGUCUGGAAAGUUUCCGCGAACAAACCCUGCCGAUGCUCAAGGCGCUAGACAGAGAUCAUCGAUUAACAGUAGUAAGUAUAUAAUUUAUUUAACACUUACAUAAUAUUAACGGUUUUGAAAUUCGUAUUUAGGCACUGAAUGCUAUACUUCAAUUUUGAAUCUGAUAGGUUUGCAAAGUUAUGCUCUUGGAUUUAAACAUCCAUUUUGAUGAUCAUAAUUCAAACUAACAAUAAAUUGUGUAUUGAAUGUAUACACAUAAAAAUAAAAGUAUCAAAAUAAGCACUGUACAAUUAUAUACCUACCUAGAUAGAACCUUAACCUUAACCUUUUCAAAAUUACUAUUAUUUUAGUACUUUUGUAGUACCUAAUUUUAGAUUCUGGACAGAGCGAGAACACUAUAAAUAUAUGACACAGAAUUUAAAUAGUUAGAUUAACUCUAAAGUCAUUGGGCUAUACUAGAAAUUAGAUUUUCAUUAAUCAAUAAAAAUGAAAAUAAUAGCCAUAAAUUAUUUCAUUAAUAGUUUACAUAAAAAGUAUACAUAUAUAUAGAAACAUUUAUUGAAUAGUAUUAUAACAGAACAGUACAAAAUAGAUAAAAUACAAAUUGCAUACCUAAUUGGAUUAAUUGAAUUUUAAAUUCUUUACAAUUUUUAAAAGAAUUUAUGUUUAAUCUGAAUUCAAUUUAGAUCCUAACAAAUACAUCCAUAAUGUGAUCCAUAAUCUCUAAUUUACAGUUCUCAACCUAGGUAAAACUAAAUUAAUAUUUUGUUGAUAUUAUAUUUUGGAGGAUUAAAAAGAAAUCUAAUAGCAGGAUAUUUCUAUACUGAAAAUAUAAAUAAAACCACCCACCGAAUAAUUAAUUAGUAGAAAAAAUAUUAUGUAAAAAUGGAUAUUGUAUUGGUUAAAUGGUUAAAUUUAGGCUUUAACAGCUCACACAAUAAUUAGAUAAAUAUAUGUAAUAUUAAAAAAUUAAAUCAGUCACAGUCAGGAUUUCUAGUCUUUUAGCAACAAAUAAAACAUUAUAAGAAGAAUUAACAAAGAUUUUUGGUCAGAUUUAUAUUUAGAAAACAAAAAAUUCUUGGUGUUAAAAGAAAAAUGGGUCAAUAUCAAAGUUAUUAAAAUACAGAGAUAUAUAAGGAACUAGAUAAAAUUUCAAACUCACUAAAAUUUGAUUGCAUUUUUGUAAGAACUGGAAGGCAAACAGAAACAAAAAAUCAUUAAAAAGUUUAAUCAUUAUUAUUACCAUAGAAGACAUUGGCUGCCCAAGAUUGGACCAAAUAUGCAAUGAAGUCACUCUGUCAAAUUGUAUUUUUCAUAUGAAUUUAAACACAAAACAAAAUGCAUUUAAUAAAGUUUAUGCAUUAAGAAAAUGGUUUAUAAAUAAUUUAUGAUCUAUUUAAUAAACAAUUUAAUAAUUUUCUAUUAUAUACAAAUAGGUUGUUAUUAAUUGUCAUAAAAUACUAAAAUCAAAACAUUAAAUAACAUUAGAUACAAAUUUAACAAAAAACGAAUAUAGACAAAUAUCAAACAUAUAUAUAUACACAAAAAAAAAUAUUCAUAUAUUAAAACAAACUAAAAUUGACAUAAUUUGUACAUUUACAAAAAACAAUAUUUUACAAAUUAAUUAAAUUUAAUACAAUGUUAACAUCAGGAGCAGAUAGACAUGAUCUGAAAAAAAAAAGAAUCUAGCAGCUCACAUAAUCAUAUCCAAGAUCUACCUUCAACCUUGAAAUCCCGGGGGAGGGGGUGAGCUAUCUGCUACUGGUUUACAUAUUACUUUCAUUAAAGUCUUUAAGGUCCAACUCAAAGAAAAAAUGUAUGACUAGUAAAUUAGUGACAAAAUCAUAUUCAUUAUUUGAACAUAACCAAUUUUAUAAUUUAUAUGCGAAAAUAUUUGCACACAAUCUUGUAGUAUAUAUCCCUCAUCAUCAUUGUUGGUAAAUACAAAUUUAUUUAAUUUGAUUGUAUUGGUCUAAAGUUUAAAUGGGCCUAUUAAGAUUAUAAUUUCCUAUCACUGAGCAAACAUCUCUUAUGGUUUUCAAACUUCAUGUGGUUUUUAACCACAUGGUCCUUGAUUACUUUCACUUUAAUUUUUUCUUCGUCUUUUAUCUUAUAAGCGUGUAAAAUAGAACUGGUGCACAAUUCAGACAACUCAGUGAUUGUCUGGCCAACUAUUUCAUCUGAAAAUAACCUCCAGUAUCUUUUUUCAAUAAGUAUGGAUGGUCUCUCGGAAGGUUUGUGUUUAUACAUUUCAAACAGCCCACAUUUGUUCAGCAGAUUAACAUAGAAAUCUUCUGUAUGAAUAUAAUACACCAAUGAAUCUAAAAAAAAAAAAAAUAAUAAUAAUAAUAAGAAAACUACCAAUAAUUUUAAUAUUCACCUAUAUCAGUAUACAUGAGGUUUUCUGGAGUCUUUCAAAUGCUUUCUUAUGACAUAGUGGUAGUAUUAUAUCUUAGUUUUUGAAAUAUUCAGCACAGCAAAGCCUGAAAACAUAAAAUUCAACAUUAUGAACAACUUUUUUUAAACAAUACUUGUUUUAUAUGUAACAGUUACCUACAUAAAUUAGUUUGCAAAAAUAGAUUUUUUUGUUUUCCAAAGAGACAGCACAUAGAAACUCUAUCCCCUACUGGAUGACAGUUCAAUGUCAAUUCUUCAUAUCAUCUAAAAUAAUAUUAUAAUAAUGGUCAAAUUAGAAUAAUAAAUUACCAAAUACAGCAUUGUUUAACAAAUCAUAGAAGUUUUUCUGAAAAACGUUAACUGUUUUUUUCCUUGUCUAAGUAAUUAAAUAACAGUAGUUAAAUUUAUGUGUACAUGUAUUUAUGUACACUCUAUAACAAUAACAUAAACAAUACAUAAUAUAAUAAAUAAAUAAAAUAAUUACUUCAGCCCUUAGCUAUUACUUGCUUCAGAUUUCUGUAAUGAAUGAUGAAACUAUUUUUUUCCUUCAUUCAUUCAACAUUAACUACUUUGGAUCCCUGUGGUACUUUAUUGACAGGACGGACAAGUCAUUAUGCACAUUAUGUAAAUUUUCUAAAUAAGAGAUAUCUACUACAUCCAAUGGGUCUAUUAGCUUGUCUAAUCCCAUAAUAAUAACAGGUUACCCACUUAAAUGUUCGCACAUCAUAUAUUUACCCACUCAAAGCUAUUAUAUAAUAUGGAAUGGCCAUCUAUACAACCAUUACCUAUUAAAAAAAAUUAAUUAGUUAAUAGAAAUAUACAUUAUAAAUUAAAUAAUUCAUAAUCAUUUAAUCAACUGUUGAAAAAAAAUCAAUUCCAAAGCUAUUACUAUCAAUAAAUCAAAUUAUUGUAAGCACAUGUCACCCAUUUUCAGUUGAUGUAGCAAAUAUGUUAUUGUAAAUACAGCAUAUAAUAACUUUAAUUAUUUUAAACUUUAAUCAUUUUAAUAUAAAACGUUAAUAUCAAUUAAUUUUUGUUAAUUAAAUAAUUAUCAAUAUUAUUUAUGUUAAUAGUUGAUACAGAAUAACCUAUAUUCAAUGUUCAAACAAUUUUGAAAUAUUUCAAAAUAAAACUUAUUUUAAUUUAGAAAUAAAAAUCAAGUUAUUAUUAUUAAUAUCUUUUUUAAAUCAUUUAUUAGGAAAAUUAAGAUUUAGAAAAUAAAAUCCUUGAUUGGUGAACAAACAUUAUCAUAGUGUCCCCGAGUCCUCAUUGACUGAUCUUGUCGCCAGAAUCUCUGAUGAUAAUAUUAGUCUAGUCAAGGCUCUAUAUCCUCUUUCUUUAUUUCUGCCUGAUGACUACAAAGUUCUAAGACUUGACAAAGUAACCAGUGGUUUUUCUCGCCCUCUCAAAAAUUAUUUUCCAAAAUAAAGAUGCCUCUCUGAGUAUCAAACUUAUUUGUGAUGAGACAAGGAUGGAAUGGGAGCUGUUGAAAUCUUGUUUCUUGAAAUGGAUUAGUGUGUGAAGUCAGGCAAGUCUAGCCUCACCAUUGCCUUCAUGAAUGAAUUGCCCUCUGUUAUCAAUACAUUGGCAAAAAAUGACAAGCACUAAAUCAGGAGUCAAUAUCAAACCUUCUACUUAUCUCUCUCCACCACUAACUAUUUAUCAAAUUAUCCUCUUAGCCGUCUAUUGCAUCUGUAACUUAGAUAUUGUUUUUCACAUGACUUGUUCUUCUAUGUUUGGGUAAUCCAACCCAUUUUCUUAUUAAAAUAAAAUAUUUUUUUAUAAAUACCUUGUGAAUUCAUGAUUCUGUCAAUUAUGCUCCUAAGAAAAAAAGCAUUUUCUUUUUCUUCUUUUGGAAUAUAGUCUCCCAUAUUGCCUUCUUUAUUGUACUAUAGUAUUACACAACACACUUGACUACUGAUACUGAGUGGGCUGGUGAAAUAUCUAAAAAUUAAAUAAAAUAAAUUAUAUGUUUAAUAUCCACUCACUAGAAUAAAUAAAAAAAAAAUUAAUUAAUCAUUAAAAAUACCAUGAAUUAAUUUCAAAUAAUGUGUGUGAUCAUACUUGCGUGUGAAUAACUUAUUAAAUAGGUACACUACAAGAAAAAUGACACAUUAUGCUUCAUUGUAACAUGUCUUUACAUAUUCUAUUGAAAAAUGAAGUGCAUAGAUUACAAUGAAACAUUAUGAAUAUUUUGAAAACAAGUCUGAAUAAAAUAAUAAAUACAAAAGAUACUUAUAGUGAGAUUAAAUAUGUACUGACUGACUGUCUAGAAUGAUUUAAACUUAUAUGGCAGUCAGAUAUAAUUCACAAAUUUUGUGGAAAAAAAGUUGGUGCAACAAAGAAAAUAUAGUAGUUCCCAACUUAUUAUUUAUUAAAUUUUGAAGUAAAAUAAUGAAAAUAGGUAUUUUUGAGAUAUACUUAAAAAUGAAGUAUGCGCAGGAGAACUGUAAUAGUAAAUUCAACUAACAAAGCGUAUGUGCUGACUGCAAGUGGCAUCAUAUGUAAGCAUCUUAUGUGGCCGGCACCCAUACACCAAUAUACCAAAAAUAUUUUCUUUUAACUGAAAAAACAAACCAUUAUCCCUUAACCAGUGGUUAUCAAUCAGUAUAUCACCAAAAAAAAAUUGUUUUUUAUGGUGAUAGAUUAUGGCCACAAAUAGGAAAACUAAGAAAUUAGCAUUGUGUAGGUAGGUCCUCGGAGCGUUGUGUAUGUCAUUUUAAUUUCAUCAAUUGUUUUAAAUGUGUCAUCAUUUGUAUGGAUCUAAAUUAGGGUAUUAAUAAUUAAAAUAAUGAUCGUUUUUUUAUUUUAGACAUAAAUUAAUCCAGUUAUAUAUACAGUGUAUGGUAUAUACAAUAUACAUUCAGAUAAAAUGGAAGGUGAAAACUAUAUUAUAAUGCAAGUUAAGAUAAUUAAAGUAUAUAUAUACAUAGUAUAUAUAAAGUAUAUAUAUAUGUAUAUAUUCCUUAUACUACAGCUGUUGUCACACGUUUCCGCUGGUUGAUUUCUGUCUCUACUCGGCGUUUCUCCAACAGCAAAGCCUCCCUUUCUGAGGAAUAUGAGUUAUUGUGUAAUUUUGAUAAACGUCGGUUCAUUAGUUUGAAAUAAACCAGCAAUAACUUAUUACGCAGAAGAUGCAGGUUUCUGGCCGGGGAAUUGAAUCUCCACGACCUCGGUGUCACUCGCACACAUGGUUUCACAGCAGUCUAAAAUUAAAAAAAAUAUAUGAGAAAUUCUCUUACAAACAGAAAGCAUUGAACGGGUUAAAGUAAUGAACGAGAUUGAUCCAAAUCACCAAAUAAAAGAUCCGGAUCACUAAUACCAAAUUUUUUUAAACUGGAUUUUUGAACUGGAUCUUCUUGUUGACCUGAUUCAAAUGAAUUGGAUUACUUAUAUGAACCAUAAUUAUCAUCUCUAAGAGAAUAAUCGGGAUUAAGAAUAAUACUCAUAGGAGUCAUAGCAUUUCUCCAUUUCAUCGCUAGAAUAGAAUAGAAACUUGUCGGUAGAAGCCUAUCCAAACAGCAGGUGGAGACUAUAUUAUAAUGGAAAUGUAGAUAGGUAAUUAAAAUAAAAAAUAGACAUACUUCACAUAAUGGGUGAACCACUACUGUAGAUGAAAAGUUAAGAAAGUAUAAAGAGAAAUUUAAUAUAUAUUUAUAUAUUUAAGCAAAGAUUAAUCAUUGCUAACAAAAAAAGAUUCUGAGUGGAGCAUUGUGCAAUGAACAUUCUGUUAAAUUUUCAAGCAUUUCUGUUUGGCCAAACAAUUUUAUCCACAUAGUACCUACCGAAAAUUAAAAUAUCUAUAAAUAGCUUAAAAAUAUCUCAAAUGUUUUGAAAAUUUUACCAUUUUACCAAUUUUACAAAUUUUAAGACUUUACAAAUAUGUUUAACUGAAUUACAAUAAAUAACAAAAUGGACAAUAAUAAUCAAAAAGGCAUUAUUUUCAUAAAUUUCUUAUUUUUCUUACGUUUUAUCCCGGGUUUUUCAAGGUAUGAUCAAAACCGCUUCGAAAUUCAAAAAAUGAUUUCCUUAAAGUACAUCUAGAGAAUAUGUCCUUUCAGAAAUAUUGUCGCAUGUAUAUAUCGGGGCCAAAUUUCUGGUAGAAUUUUUGUAUACAAUAUAAAAAAAGAAAAAAGAAAAAUUGUAAAACCAAUACAUUCCUCGCUUCACACAAAAUAUUUAAUAUUAUGUAUACAUAGAAAGUCCAAGUCAACCAAUCAGUCAAAAUACAAAUUUGCAUUGCAAUGGCAACUCUGUUGUUAAAUAAUUACAUUGCUUGAAAUAGUGAUAAACUUGUAAAGCUAUUUUUAUCAAUUUCAUACAGGUUUCAAGCGUUUUUAAAUAAUACUUCUUUAUUUUCAAAUAUAAAAUCUUUUUUUGAUGAAAUAAUUUCUUAAAUUUUUAAACAAAUGAAGAGCAUCAAAUUCAGUAAACACAUUUCUACCAUUAACUAGCACGUAUGGCUAAUCUUUUGAAAUUCUUUAAAAAUUUGUAUGCCGAUGAUGAUUUUUAAAAAAUAUUUAAUGCAUAUUAUUGUUCAUUUGAGACUAUGGUUUUGUUGAUAAACAAUUAUGUAACCUUAUAAAUAUUCCAACCAAUGUUUUUUAAAUUUUUAGAAGGAAAUUUAAAUAAAUAUAUAAAUUUAAAAGAUUUAUUAUGUCUGUCUUACAAUGUUGAAAAAAUCUGUUAUUUUUAAAAAAUUGGAUAUUAUUACCAUUUUUGAUACUAACAACUUUUUUUUGAUAUGCAACAAUUUUUUUUAGCUUACAUAAAUUAAUAAAAUUAUUAUCGUUUAGAGUGGUUGUGAAAAAUAAUUGUUUUAAUGAAAAAUCAAUUAUUUGUUCAUAAUAGUUAUAGUUUUUAAUGUUACAUCAGUAGUAUUGAAAUUGUAGGAUAUACCAGUUAUAGUUGGCAUGAAUUAUUACAUGAAUACAUAUACAUGAAUUAUUUCAGUAAGACUAAGUGCCACAGUUAACAGAAAAUUUCUAUUGACUGUUAAAGCAAGUAAUAUUUUUCUCUUUUAAGUUACAACACAUGGGCUUAAUUGACAAAUGUAAUUGUUUUUGUUGGUAUAGUAACACGUAAGAAUGCAUCAUUUUCAAUGAACAACUGGGGUACUAAAUAUUUUGUCUAUCUUUAUUUAAUAUAAUUUGUGAAAUCAUUUUCUACAAAAUAAUGCUAAUAAAUGCUAUGAUUGUAUUAAUCAUUCAUGAAGUAGUAAUAAAUCAGUAUUUCAAACAAAAAAUAUUAAAAAUUAUAACUAAGAGAAUAAUAUUUGAUUUAUUGUCAUAUCUAACCAAUAAUUAUAUUAUUUUAUUAAAUUAAUUGCUUAGGAAUUUUAUUGAAUGACAAAUAUAAAAUCAUAAAUUUACAGAAUAUUAUUAUUAUUAUUAUUUUAAAGUAAUACUUUGAUUGGGGUUUUGUAAAUAUAUUAUUUAAUAGUAUAUCUAAAUAUUAAAACAAUAAAUAUCAUUAAUUUAAAAUACCUAACAAUAAUAACUAGUGUAGGUAUUGUAAAGCCUGGUAAACUUAUACCACUUAUACCACAAUUUAUAAACGUACAUUUGCUACCACAUACUUCCAUAACGCAUGACAUUUUGAAUAAUUAAAAACUUUAAAAAACAGUAAUAAUAAUAAAUUAUUCAAAUUUCAAACGUUGAUCGUCACAAUAAGUGAUAAGUAACUAUAGUAACAGCAUAAUGUCCCAGCCCCCCCGCCGUAAGUUUAAUAAUUUAAUUGACCAGCCACGGCAGCAUAGUCCCCGAUAGUCGAGAACACUAGCGAACCUAUUGGCACAGCACCCACACUACUAUAAAUUAUACACCUAUUUCACAUUUUCCCUAUUCAACGCGGAUUUUAUCAUUACUUGGACUAUCAUUAAUCAAUGAUAUCAAUAUUAUUGUUUAUUAUUACCAUUGAUGCCUCGUUAGAACAGCUUGGCGGUUCGGUCGACAAAGAUGGCCAUGGCAUAAUAUAUGAUGGCUCGUCUUUCACCUUAGGUACUUUCACCAUCCGUUCUGAUAACUGCUUAGUUGCGAACAUUUUAAACUGGUUGAUAAAAUUGAUUUGACAGGCUGGUAUAGAUAUUGAAUCACUGGGCACACGUUUUAUGUGCGAUAUUGUUUUUUCAGUGUUCGAAAUGUCCACAAAAUCGCUGUGUACUAACACAUUUAAAAGCUUGUCGAAUUGGGUAAGCAGAUAUGGACGUACGGUCGUAGUUUUGUGUGUGAUAGAAUCGUGUAUAACGUGUUCGAGUUCUUGAAGUACAAUCAAAUCAUCACGGUUAAGGAAGACGCGACAUCCUUUAUUUGUACAAGAAUUUAAAAUGAAAAUAUUUUCCAAGGGAUACGAUUUUACAGAUAUCGUAACAACUGUAUCAUUUAAUAAAAGCGUUUCUUUGAUUUGAUUAUGAGGCUCGAGUAUUACUGAAAAAAUAUUGCCCAUCAUUGAAUAUAGACGGUUUAAUAAAUCAGGUUUAAGUGAAAUGUGACUAGACGAUGAUAUAAUAUGAAUCAUGACAACAAACUCGUCUUCUGGAUCGAAACCAACGUGGACAAAUUUUUGCUUGUUGUAGUCAAUUACAUAAACAGUCGAAUCAAUUAACGUAUUCGGCGGUAGUGGUGGAGAAUAUUUAUAACUCUUGACUGAAUUGUUUUCAACCGGCGCAGCCAUUAUAACACUGAUGAAAAUUUUAAAAAACUUAUUGAACACAGAAACUACGAUUCGAUGCAAGCGCGGACGAAGUCGAAACUGAUUUUACUUUUUCGUACAGUACUCUGUAAAGGCGUGUCUCUCGAAAUUCAUCACCGAAGUAGGGAUAUUACUUAUGCGCAAAAAUCAAUGUACGCCUACCUAUAAAUAUAGCAGGGUGACCAACGUGUUGCAUGCGGCAUAUGUCACAUUAUAGUACGUUUAUACCUAUGAUGGCGUUAAAAUUGUUUGAAAUCAAAUCGUUUUAAAUACGAAUUAAGAUAUACCCAUAGACGUAUAAUACAAUAGCUAUUUUACGUAUAAUACAUUGAAGCUAACAUACGACCGAGAGACAGACUGUGUUGCGAUUUUAUCAGUGACUUUAUAUAAAAAUUUUAAAAAUACUUUGGUUUCGCUUUAGAUAAUACUACUGAUAAGAAAACAUAAACACUAAUAAAUAUUAUGAUUUUUGAUAUUUUAAAUUUCAAUUAAAUUAUUAUAAUUCAAGAUAUAUUAUAUAUUACUAUAUUAAUUUAAAUUAAAUUACUAUUGUUGUUUUCAAUGUAAUGUAGGUUAACGACAGGUAUAUAAUCUGCAUUUAUUAAUACUCUGGAAACAAGAUUGAUAUUACAAAGAUUUUUCGGUAAAACCAUAUAAACUAACUUAGUAACCAAAGUUAAAAUGUAUUUAUUGUACAACUAAUCGUAUAUGUGUGUGUAUUUUACUUGAUAAAAAUAUAUAUCAAAAGACUCAUUAAAAAUUAAAAACAAUGGAAAUAGUCAUUACAAACAAGGAUGAAAAAAAAAAACAUUACAUUUAAUUUUGUAAAAUAAUUUAAAAAAUACUAUUCCUAGUGUUUAAAUAAAAUUAAUUUUGUGUAGUAUAACCUGAUUUUAUCAUCUAUUUCAUUAGUACUUUUGAUGAUGUGAUGAAGACGGAUCGUAAUAUAAUAAUUUAGAAUACACUUGGUAUAACUGGUAUAAACAUACAAAAAGACAAAACAUAAUAUCAUAUGAUCAUAGAUACUAAAUAUGUUUAAUCUCCACGAACACUCAUUACAUCUCGAUGGGCGACCGCCAACCAGUAUAUCUUUAAUCGUGUAAUAUCUAUGAUUUUGAUUUAUUUAAUUAUCAAUUGUCUACGGCUAUAACGCAUUAUUACUAUCUAAUUUCUAUAUAAUCUCUCGAGUAAACACAAAGUUUAAAAACUAAAAGAGCUAUCCUUAUUUUUAGUUAUAACUUCAUAAAGUACCAAGUAGGUACCCACCCACGUAUAAAAACUUAGGUGGAGCUAAAGCCCAAUCAGCCCUACCCGUGCGCACGCCCAUGCUGCAGUGUCUUAGUUGAAUUAAAUUAUCUACUUGUCACAAAUUACAUAAUGUGACAAAUAUAUAAUUGUAUCAGUUUCUACCUUUAAUAUAAGUACUUUGGACCGUGAUUUUUUAAAAAAUCAAAACAAUUUAAAAUUAAUAUAAUGUAUAAUAAUUAUAGUCUAGAGAAUGAGAGAAUUGUUACAAUUAUAAUUUUGCCUCCUCGUGAAUGAAUAUAAUGCACAUAAUAAUAUUAAACUAGGUAUUCUAUUUAAUUUUGUUAAUUUAAGUUCUUUUUUUUCAAGCAUAAUACUCAUUUGUCACUUUAAUCUGUUUUAUCUCAACCUUUCUGAUAGAACAGCUAGGUACCUAGGCUAAUCCAUUUAUUUCAAUAAAUACACAGCACAUAUUUUUCCUUAAAUAGUUUAAAAUUUUAAAUAAAUAUUUAUAACAUAUUUUGGUACUUAUUCAUAUUAUUUCUGAAGAUUAAGAUAUAACUUUAUUAUUUUUAUUUUUUAUUAAACUUGAAAAUGAUUAUGUUUAGGGUAAGAGUUACUUUUUACCAAAUGUUCUUAUUUCGACGCCUCUUUUUGUUUAACCUUUUUAUAUAAGAAUAUCUUUAAACAUUUUGGAAAUAAAUCUUAAUUUUAGAGUGGGAGUAAAAUACCUCGAUUUUAUUCAAUUUCACCGAAUAUUUCGGAAACGUAAUGACUAACGUGAUAAUAAAAAAAAGUUUUCAAAGGCACAUUCUGUUUUUUUUCUCUGUCGUAUAAUAGGUUGAUGGUAAUACUGACGAGAAGAACGUACAAGAGAAAUUCAUGGACACCCUGAAGGAGACGAUGAAAGGUGACAACAUUCCGGUCUACCGAGAGGAUGACGCCGUUCUCCCGCAUGGCCCAGAAAGGACCGUAGAACAGGCUGUGAUUGCCCGGCCGGCAGUCCCGCGGCAAAACGGUUUCAUACCGAACAGCGCGAACGACAACAAUCGGGUGCCGCAUUUACGUUACAACGUACGGGACAUGUACGCUCAAAUAGGACCAAACGACUCCGUGUUGUAAACGCAAUAACUACACCAUAAUAAUAUAUAGGUACCUACUUACUUAGGUUUGGUUUGGUCUGACCAAAACUAAUCUAACCUGGGCUACAAGUACCAACAAUGUAUAUAAUGCGACGAAAACAUAUAACACGAAAUAUCUCGGCUAGUGUAUAUAGGUACAGCUAAAAUAAAAUAAAAUAGCGGGAAACCGCGUAAUUUUAUUUAUUUAUUUUUUUUAUUCAAUUGUGGACUUUAAAAUUGUGCCCACGGACCCUUUGACUCUUGUCGUGUCUACUGAAUAAACCAACCCGUUUUUUCUCAUUCCUUUGAAUGCGAAAUUUAUUUUUUUGUUUUUUUAACCCUACCUUCAAAACGUCCAUUUUCAAAAUAGUUACCUAGGUACCUAAACACAUAAGAGUAUAAUAUAAUAAUAAUACCUGUAUAUGUGUGUAUUUUUUUUCGCCUAAUUUUUUUUAGGUACCAACUUUUUUGGUUUAAGCGAAUGUAAUGAAAUUGAAUUAACACUGAC